AUGGAUUCCAAUGGGAAGAAACUGUCUUUAGAAGCCAAUAAGCCCCAAAGUUUGGAUGUAUAAAGGGGUGACAGGGUGGUCUGCAUUCGGUAGUUUUACCUACCGAAUGCCAUAGGGAAACAUUGCUAUUGACACAAAUACAAAGAGGGCAUAUACAGUAAAAAAAGGCAUUUCGUCACAUGUAUAUAUAUAUAUAUAUAUAUAUAUAUAUAUAUAUAUAUAUAUAUCUAAUAUACGUGUCAUAUACCAGCGACGGAUCCAGAACCUGAGCCUGGGAGGGGCACUUGUAGAUUAUUUAAAGAAAUAUUCCAUGCACAAUAACCACUACUCCUCUGUGUAGUGGUUAUGGUGCCAGGAGUGUCGGCACCCCUUCCCAGAGUAAGUAGUCAAACCGUUUAAGAACAGUUUGACAACUUACCUGGAGUCUGCUGGGAUAUGGGGCUGUUGUAGGGUAUAGGAGCAGUGGUGCAAUGUGUGAGGGGUGCAAUGUGUGUGAAAGGUUCAGUGUGUGGGUGUGGGGGGCAGUGUGUGAAUGUGUAUGGGUGUGGGGGGCAGUGUGUGAAUGUGUAUGGUGUGUGUGUGUGUGUGGGCAGUGUGUGAAUGUGUAUGGUGUGUGUGUGUGGGCAGUGUGUGAAUGUGUAUGGUGUGUGUGUGUGUGUGGGCAGUGUGUGAAUGUGUAUGGUGUGUGUGUGUGUGGCCAGUGUGUGAAUGUGUAUGGUGUGUGUGUGUGUGUGUGGGCAGUGUGUGAAUGUGUAUGGUGUGUGUGUGUUGGGGCAGUGUGUGAAUGUGUAGACAUCCUUUGCCACUCCAGAUGUUGUGGACUACACCUCCCUUGAUGCUUUGCAAGCCUUAAUGGAGAUGUAGUAAAAAACAAAGGGAGUGUUGAAAGUUACCUACCCCUGCACUAAACCAAAAAUAUAUAAUACAGUUCCUACGCCAUAAAUAUCAUAUUUAAUGCUAUAAUAUUUAAUGCUCUCAUCCAACCCACUUCUCUCCACAGUUCCUAAUAAAUAUAUUACAAAUAUAAUUCCCUCACCCCUGUAGCUCCCUCUAGUUACAUUUCCUUCUACACAUACACACACAUUAUAUAUAUAAUAUUAAUUGGGCCACAAAUAUAAAUGUCACAAAUAUAAUCAUUGCCUCAUCUCAAAUUCCCAAGUCAGAUCUUUCCCGCCCCCCCUCCCCCUAAUAUACUUCUGCCCCCCCGCCCCAAUCGAAUACACGUCUGGCCUCCCCUUCCCCCUAUGUAAUACACUGUUGACCCCCCUCCCCCUAAUUUACUGCUGUCACCCCCCUCCCCCACUACAUUACUGACCCCCCAAUACAUUACUGCCCCCCCCUCCCCCCUCCCCCUAAAUACAUUAGUGGCCCCCCUAAAUACAUUAGUGGCCUACUCCCCUAAAUACAUUAGUGGCCUACUCCCCUAAAUACAUUAGUGGCCUACUCCCCUAAAUACAUUAGUGGCCUACUCCCCUAAAUACAUUACUGGCCUACUCCCCUAAAUACAUUACUGGCCUACUCCCCUAAUACAUUACUGGCCCCCCUCAAUACAUUACUGGCCCCUAAUGCAUUACUGCCCCCCCCUCCCCUGUGUACAUUUACUGGCCCCUCCUCCCCUGUCACAUUACUGGCCCCUAAGCCAUUUACUGAAAGCCCCCCUCUCCCUCCACAUUGCUGGCCCCCGAUACAUUAUUUCCCCAAAUACAUUACUAUUUUACUUCCCUAAAUACUGCCCCCCCCCUUCCCCUAAAUACAUUACUGGCCCCCCAAUACAAUAGGUCCCCCUAGCCCAAGCCCCUUUAUUCUUACCUUUAAAACUGUUCAAUGGUGCAGGAGGGAAGAGAGGCCGCGAUGCAAACUUGGUGGUGCCGCCGCCGCGCAGCCGCAGGAUAUGACGUCAUAUCGUCAUUUGCCGCUCACAUCCGGCGGCUGACAGGAAGUGCCUGUGCGCUCGCACAGCAAGUAGUAGCGGCCGGCGCCACGGCCGCAUAAUCCAAAACAAAAAAAUAUAUUUAUGUCUUGUGGCUGAGUGCAGCCACAUGUCAAAGCGGCCCCAGGGCUGGCGGCCUACCGGGAAAUUUCCCGGUAUCCCGGUAGGCCAGUCCGGCCCUGUUCCCAAGAGUCUAAGUAAGGGUGUGUCCAGAAGUGUGUUCCCUUGUCUGAUCUGAUGAUGAUUUUAUAAUGUUCUCCUGAAUAUUCUAAAAGUGUUGUGUACUUACUUUUUAAAGAAUUUGUUAUCACUACUUUUUCCGUGGUGGUCUUUUUGAAGUGACCAAUGGGAUUAGAUGGGUGUACCUUAUUCUAAUGACCAAUUCAAUAGAUUAUAACCAGAAGAUGACAUCAGUGCAUCACAAUAAUUGUCAUUACUAAUUCCAAUUGCCACUUUGUCUAAGGAGUUAAUUGAAAUCCAUGGCAAAAAUUACGUAAAAAUGUCUUAUCUUUAUAGCAACUAAGUCGUAGAUGGCUGUCACACUUCAAAGGGAUAGUGGUUGGUCUCAGUAGACUACCAGUCUCUUUUUCUUGCCAUAAAGUAUCUUUUUGACGCAUCUGGACUUUGAUGUCAACUCACAUCUUACAAUAGGUCUUAUAGAAAACUGCCAUUGAAAUAGACUUUCCUCAAAGUAAAAUUAAAGUACUGGUAGAGAGUAUCUCUUCUUGGUAAUUCUAACCUAUAUCUGGUUUUCUUUUUACAUUGUCCUAUUGUACAGAGCUAAGUGUGUCUGUGUUAGUAAUAUAUAUAUAUUCUAAGAGCUAAAUAUAUUUGUUUAUGCAGCGCUAGUCAUUUAUUGUACAGUGUGUUUGAUUUAGAUUUUACUAUUUCAUGCUAGAGUGAAAAUGCAGAAAAGUAAACCUUUCUUUUCAUGCAGACUGUGACUAGGACUGCAUAAACAGAAACAAAAGUGAUUUAACUCCUAAAUGAUAAAGAAUUGAGCAGUGAAACUGCAGGGGUAUUAUUUAUAAAGCAAAACAAGCUGCUUAACUAUGCUAACAUAUCUAAAGUUGUUUAGGUGCAUAGACUAUCCAUUUAACAGAGCAGGAUAUAAGACCUUCUAAAGAAAACACUAUGCCAGGGGUAGGCAACCUUUUAGCAGCACUGUGCCGAUAUAGGAUUGUGAUGUCCCGUAGCGUGCCGGUCCUAUUUUUUUUAAUUGAGGUGUGUAUGCUGCCGUAUUCUGCUUGUGUUAUUUAUACUGUAAUUGCUUUGUAUCGUUGAAUAUUUCUGCGUAUAUGAGCUAUUAUAAUGUGUAUGUUCAGGAGUAGUUUGUAGUAUCGUGUAUGAUGCAUAUGAAUGUGGGCUGUGUAUGGGGGCUGCUUGUGGAAUUGUGUGUGUGGGUGGAUAUGUCACAUUGUGUCUUUGGUAGUGUGUGUAUGUGUGGGGGCUGUUUGGGGUAUUGCAUGUGAGAGACUGCAUGUAGAGUUGUGUGCAUGUAUGUGGAUUGUUAACAGGUUACGUUUCUGUGGAUUGUGUGUAUGUUUGUGGGCUGUUCGUAUUAUUUGUAUGAGGGGAGGGUUAUUGUGCAUUUCUCUGUAUAUUUAGUAGUGUGUGGCUUCCCAGGGCUCCAGUGGGUACCAGGCUGGCCAGGUACAGGUCAAGGACAGGAGCUGCAACAGCAGCUGCAGGCUGCUCUACUACAGUGUGGAUUCCCAUUCACAAGUGCUGGGAGGAAGUGAACUGAUAUAACUUCCUUUAUGUGCUGCAAUGCAUACAUUUAGGAUUGUCCUUCACCACCUUUUUGUAUUAGCAGGUAUCUGAAGUUUUGUGAUGGGAUUCCAGCAUGGUCAAAAUUUAGUAGGCCAAAAUCUCCAUGUGGCAUAUGUGUAUGUUGUGUCAGUUGGUUAGCUACAUGUAGCUAGGAUACUGUCAUCAGUGUACUGAGCAUGUGCAGGAAUGCAGGAACUGAAAUUGCACUUAUUUCCUUUGUCUUGGAUGAGCCAUGUGGUUUGACUAGAUGUACAAGUCUAUAUUCUGCUCAUUGAUUGGUUAAAGGUAUAUGUGGGUGUAGCUAUUAAUGGGAGGAGUUAUAGUGCUAUAUAAGGAAUGUACACUAUGUGUUGGUCUCUCAGAAUUUGGAACAGGAGUUCAUCUGAGACCCGAUCGGUAAUGUGAAUAAAGGCCUGUUACUUCCUGAAGACCUGUGUCCAAUAUUUCUGUGUUUGGCUUCUGCAUGCUUACACUGCAACAUCUCUGGUGCAUUGGCAGUGGGAACCUCAUUUGCAUGGAAGCUGGCGCAGAGAUUUGAGACGGUAAACUUUUACCAAACCUUCUACGCUACAAUCCUGGACUUCUACUGCGUGGACCUCCUUUCGUCUCGGCGCCACUGGCCUUUUGUCCAGGAGAUCAUCGGCUUCUGCGCAGUGAGUCCCGGAUUGUUCCGUCUAUGAGUGAACCCAGGUCCAGAAAUUAACAGGUAAGAUUGAUACCGUUAGAGCGGUAGACCCACAAGGGGUUUUAUAUUUGGAACCGGUUAUUGGAAUCUGCCCUGUCCUGAUGGAUGGAAGAAGUGAAAAGCGCAACACUUAUCUGGAAAUUAGACGCUCUGUAGUCAGCCCGUCUAAUAUAGGUGGUUUGGGUCAGACUGAGUUCUGGUGUAAAUAGCUCAUGUCGGACACCGGUGUCCUGUCUUGACUAGCGUAUCUAGGGUGUAAAUUUUGUUCGCUAGGUCGGGGGGACCGGGAGACUAGCAUACUCUGUUGUAUAUUAUAGUUUGCUAGAUUUCACCCUAUCUUAACUAAGUGUGCUCUGUUGUAAAUCCAGCCACUAGCUUAUUGAUAGUUUAAUAGACUAGCUGGGUACUGUGUAAAUUCUGCCCUCUAGUUCGCUAUACGUGGUGUCUGGGCAGCGAAGAACUUAUCGAAUCUCUGGUGUAUAAAUAGAUCGAAAGCUCUCGAGGUGCUGGCCAGUUAGAAUAGUUGGGAUUAUUGUAAAUGUUGUUAAAUAUAUUGUAGUUGGUGAAUUGGUUAACUUGUAUGUCCUACUAGAAAGUUAGAGCUCUGCUGUCUAGUGGGAGUGUAAAUUGUGUGUAUAACUGUAAAAUAGCGCACGGUACCAUAACUACUGACAUGUACCAUAACCACUGACAUUGUGUAAAAAUUACUAACAAUUGCUGUUUUAUGUUAUAUGUAUAAUACCAUAACUGUUACUAACUGAUCUGUGACUUUAAAACUGUAUUAUAACCACUUACUAACUGUACCAUAACCACUGACUGUAAAGAUGAGGUUACUAGAAUGUGAUAUAGUUGGUUAGUCAAAAGUUGAUUUAUAGUACGGAUAAUUGUAGAGAUGAAUUUGUUGAAAUGUUAUGUGAUCGGUUAGUUUAUAUGGAUUAAUAGCGUGGAUAGUUGUAUGGUUUGAAUAAUAGUUACAUUGAUAAGUGUAUAGUCUUUGGUGGGUUUUUGAUUUAAUUUCGUGUGUGCGACGUCGUGAUAUUGUUGAGCAUGUGAGGAUCCUGUGUGUGUGUUUGGGCCUAGUGACUGCGCAAUGUGUUGCUGGUGAUAAGGAGAUUGGUGUGACUGUUGAAACUGUGGUGUAUAUUUGUACAGCUUUUUGAAUCAGACGUUCUGUUGCAAUGAUCUUCUGAUUCACUAGGCUGUUAGUCUUUUGUCUUGUAUGUUUUCAAAAAAAAAAAAAAAGUAGGGAGUAGCCUGUCCUGGUGGCCGCAUGGCCUCCAUGUAGCAGUCUUCACUUAAAUUUAGUGCAGGGUGUACAUGUGGCUGUAACUAGUAGGCUGGAAUUCUAUGAUCAGUUUCUAUAUAUUGACUGUUGGAAACUGAUUGUUGAAAAACUGCCUUGGUGAAUUAAACUGUGUCAUAUGAGAAACAAUGUAGCCAUAUGGUGGUCAGAACUAAGGCCUUGAUUACAACUGCUUUGGACAUCCCCUCCCCCCUGGCAUCUGAUUACCAACCCCCCAAACAUCCUCUAGAGCCAGAUUAGCCACGCCCCUAUUCUUCUUCCCAAGCUAAAAACUGGUAUAUAGUCAGUAUUUGCACUCCCCCUGCUCUACUGUCCCCGCCUACCCACAUACCUAUCUGUUCCUGUGUUUCAAACUCUUGUAUUUCUGUACUACCCCUCCCCCUAAUCAAUGAUCAAUGGCAUCAGAUGGUAUAUUGGUUUUUUUUAGUUACUGGAUGGGCCCCUCCCAGCUUUGUCCAAAAUGUCCCCUUUUUACUAAAAUACAAACUGAAAUGUUUAAUUUACCUUAGAACUAAAGAUUUAAUCAAGCCUAGAUAUCAGGGUGGACAUUGAUUAAAAUAAGUAAUAAUAAAAUAGGACAUAAUUAAUUAAAGUCUAUUUGUUUCAUUUGACUUUAGGGAGGCACUCUAGGCCACCUACUGGCCAUCUUCGGGAGUUACAUUGAUAAUACAUUGUUUAUAACAGAUAGAUGUAGGAUUGCUUACCCUAUUUUAAUAUAUUUAUUGCUAUAAGGUUUUAUUUUAUGUAUAAAUAUAUUAAAAGUUGAGUUUUCUUAUUAGACCCAUAAAGAUUAUUUUGAUACAAUUACCCUCUGGUGACACCUACUGGUAGGUUUUUGGUUUAACACUUUAAACAAAAAGUUUUUUCAUCCACCAAAUGCUGACUAAUAAAAUUAGCUCACCCCCUUACACCUAUCUUACUACUCCCAGACUGGAACCUAUUAUUGAGCAGCCUUGCCGAAGUCCCAUAUUAGAUACUGCUUGAGUCAAAUAGAUUGUACACUCCUUUCAAUCCUGAAGACCCUGAAAACUUCCGAAUGAUAGACUCAGCAUUUGUCAGCCAGGCCCAAGGUGAUAUUAAAAGGAAAUUACAGAAAUUAGAGGGAUUUGCAGGGAUGUCCAUAUUACAGCUAAUGGAGAUUGCAAAUAUAGUAUAUAUGAAUAGGGAGACGGAGGAAGAAUGUAAAAUGAGGAAAAAGGCAGAUAUGCUAGCGGUAGCUAUCUUAAGUGUAGAAAGACAGGGAAGUGAAUAGAGGAGACGAGAAUAGGCUGAGCAAGGGACCUUUAAGUAGGAAUUAAUGUGCGUAUUGUAGAAAGGAGGGACAUUGGAAGAGUGAGUGUCCACAGAGAGAGCAGUAUGAAGGUGAUAGACAAGGAGAGAGAAGGGUACGAGGAGGUUAUAGUGGUAGUUAUAGAGUAAGAGGAAGUUUUAGAGGGAAUGAUGGGAAUAGUAGAGGAAGUGUUCAAGGAGACAGAUACUAUCUACCCACGCAGAGACCUAGAGAAAGAGAGGAUAGAGAUUUUGUGGGUCUGGCUGACACUAUCAUGGAAGACUAUUGAUACCGACCGGGCUCCAUCCCACUUGGUCGAGCGGAGCCUAUGGUCGAUGUAGCAAUAGGGGGAAAGAGAAGUUCUUUCAUGAUCGACACAGGUGCUGAACAUUCUGUGGUGACUAAGAUGGUGGCUCCGCCUUCGGGGAAGACUAUAACUGUGAUAGGAGCUACUGGGAGAAGUGCAGCUAGACCGGUUCUUAAGAGUCGCACUUGUAUUCUGGGAGGCCAUGUGGUGAAGCAUUAGUUCCUAUAUAUGCCAGAGUGUCCGAUUCAACUUUUAGGACGAGAUCUAUUAUCGAAGCUUUAAGCUCAGAUAACCUUUUACCUAAUGGAUUAACAUCUCUGAAGUUUAAGGGAUUACCAGGCAUAAUGGCGAUAUCGGUGCCAAGGGAAGAAGAAUGACGCUUCUAUUCCAUAGUGACAAGUGUUAACCCUAAGAGUGAUGAAUCCUUACUUGACAUUCCAGGAGUAUGGGAAGAAAAUAAUCCUCCAGGACUUGCUCGUAAUAUCCCACCAAUACAUAUUGAGUUAAAGCUCGGGGUGUAUCCUGUUAGCCUUUGUAUGUUGUUCUUUUAUCUACCCCAACAGCUGUAAAGGUGGCGGAAGUGACUCCUUGGAUUCAUCAUUCUAAGGUUAAACCAGCAGCAGACUCUUGGCAAGCUACUCCAGAUCCUGAGAAUCCUUGCAGGACCCGGUUGAAGCGUGCAACUCAGUCGGAGUGACGAGGGGAUAUCGAGACAUUCUAGUUAAAAGUCUACAAAGAUCAUCAAGUAGGUGUUUUGACGGCCAUAAUAAAGCCUGACCACCUGCCUACGUGUCAUAGCCAGAGUAUCUUGAAGGGAUCUCUGUGAAGGAAAGUGAGGAUCAGAAGAACAACAUCCUUGCAGCCCUCACAAUCGGGAAGCUGAGAGGCCAUCGCACGGUCGAAGAAAAAUGAGGAUUUCAGGAAUAAUGUGUUUUAUUGUGUCUUAGUAUUUUUAUGAUUUUUCAGGAAGGUAGGAGUACAGACAUACCGAAUUGCGAUAGUUGCAUUAAGACUACUAAAACAGGUAACCAAAUAUCCCAAACUCUCAUCUGGCACUCAUAGUAUGAAUGUAAGGGAUCUGUAUCUAAAUGUAGAUAUUUGGAUAUUGAUUAUAGUGUGUGCAAGCCAAUAUCAGGAGAGUCUAAAUGUUUUGAUCCCCAUUUCCAACCCCGUACAAUUUGGUUGGUAAUUCGGAAUAGUAACUCCCAGGGGACAUUACUAAAUAGGACUGUGAUAAGCACCAUACAUUCCACGGGUAUUCUACUAUUUGAUGCAUGUAAGGCGAUUUCGGGUAGUGGAAGACUUUGGAAUGUAUGUGGUAAUCUUAAAUGGGAACGAACUUAUGGGUUUAAUGAUAAAUACUUAUGUCCCAGUAAAAGAUCUACUGAUCCUGAUUGCCCAAAUAGAGACUAACUUCUGCCCCUAUUUGUCAUGUGUAGGUUGGGCAACCUGGGAAAAACAGUGGAUCAAGAUAUGAUUAUCCAAAGGUUGCCUACCACACCAUACUGUAAAACUAUGUGUGUAACCCCGUUCACAUGACCAUUUCCAAUCUGCAGUACUUUAUUGACAGGUUUGGAGGUCUGUUUGGGUUCCAAAUAUAUGGCACAGGAGUAGAUUCAGGAACAAUAAUAUAUGUAGGUCUUGAAACUGAGACAGUGGCAACUCAAACUCAUCAGGUUUCUCAUUCCUUCUAUGAGGAGAUGAGUAUUGAGGAUAAAAUUCCCUAUAAUGUUAACAAUCUAUUUAUUGAUUUGGCUGAGGGUAUUGCAGGUAGUCUUAAUGUAACUAAUUGCUAUGUGUGUGGAGGUACUAAUAUGGGAGACCAGUGGCCAUGGGAGGCAAAGGAAAUAUGGUACCCUGGCUCUGAGACAUAUGAACAACAGAUACCUUUCCAGUCUGAUCAUCAAGUAAGUACUAGAAGUAAAUUGGAAUGGUGGUUAAAACCCUCCAUUAUAGGUCAUGUUUGUAUAGCCAGGAAAGGGACAAUGUAUAACACGUCUGUAGGUGAGCUAACUUGCUUGGGACAAAAAGCCUAUAAUGUUAAUACUAAAAAUACUACUUGGUGGUCAGCUUCAAAUGUCUCGGAACCUACUAAUCCGUUUGCCAAUUACACUCAUUUAAGGGAGGUAUGGUUUGACUUAUCGGCUACAUCUAGUUGGAAAGCCCCAGCAAAUUUAUACUGGAUUUGUGGUAAGAAAACUUAUUCGGAGUUACCACAAGAUUGGGAAGGGGCAUGUGUAUUAGGUAUGCCAAAGCCAUCCUUCUUCUUGUUGCCAAUCGAAACAGGAGAGACCUUGGGAGUUAAGGUUUACGAUGUAAAUCAUAAAAGGGAGAGAGCAUCCUUGAAUAUAGGUAGCUGGGAAGAUAAUGAGUGGCCCCCUCAACGUAUUAUUAAUUAUUAUGGACCUGCUACUUGGGCAGAAGAUGGCACUUAUGGAUAUAGAACUCCGAUUAUAUAUGCUCAACCGCAUUAUUAGACUACAGGCGGUAGUUGAGAUUAUUACUAAUGAGACAGCUCAAGUGCUUAAUCUUCUAGCUAAGCAAAAUACCAAGAUGUGAUCAGCCAUAUACCAGAAUAGGCUAGCCCUUGAUUACUUACUAGCAGUUGUCUGCACAUAGAUGAUGAAGGGCAGGCAGUGGCUGAACUUACAAGCCACAUGGUUAAAUUUGAGCAUGUACCUACUCAGGUCUGGAAUGGGUAUAACCUAAGUAGUUGGUUUGGAAGUUGGUAUGAGCAGCUUGGAGGAAUUAAGACAUUAGUAGGAGGAGUAGUGUUUAUCAUAUUCUUAUGUCUUUUCCUGCCCUGUCUAAUUCCAUUAGUGGUAAGGUCCCUACGUAGUAUUAUAGAGAGUACUAUAGAGAGAAAGACAGCUGCCCAUGUAAUGGCUAUCUGGAAGAUAUGAUCCCCUAGCCCGAAGAGAAUAUAUUCAGGAUGAAGAAUGUUGAAGGAGUUCUUAAGAUGCUUACAAGGUCUACUCUGGUUCAAUGGCUACUUGAGAGAUGUAGGUAAAACUGUGAUUGGUGAUGCAUCUGGAAUAAUGUUAUAUCAGAGGCAUCAAAGGGGGGAAUGUGAUGGGAUUCCAGCAUGGUCAAAAUUUAGUAGGCCAAAAUCUCCAUGUGGCAUAUGUGUAUGUUGUGUCAGUUGGUUAGCUACAUGUAGCUAGGAUACUGUCAUCAGUGUACUGAGCAUGUGCAGGAAUGCAGGAACUGAAAUUGCACUUAUUUCCUUUGUCUUGGAUGAGCCAUGUGGUUUGACUAGAUGUACAAGUCUAUAUUCUGCUCAUUGAUUGGUUAAAGGUAUAUGUGGGUGUAGCUAUUAAUGGGAGGAGUUAUAGUGCUAUAUAAGGAAUGUACACUAUGUGUUGGUCUCUCAGAUCUUUUGGAACAGGAGUUCAUCUGAGACCCGAUCGGUAAUGUGAAUAAAGGCCUGUUACUUCCUGAAGACCUGUGUCCAAUAUUUCUGUGUUUGGCUUCUGCAUGCUUACACUGCAACAGUUUCACUGGGACUCCUGACAGGCCAGAGCCUGUUUGGCUCUAGCAGCCUUGAGUGCCGUGCAAAGACACCUUGAGUCCCGUGCAUGGCACUAGUGCUGUAGGUUGCCUACCCCUGCACUAUGCUGUAAUAUCUGAUAAAAAAAAACAACAACCCAAGGUUGUGUGGGUCACAGCCAAUGGUAGUGUAAUUUAGCAUUGAUACAUUGUGGGUAUGUUCUAUAUAUUGUUAUAAACUGCUUCAUUAAGCUAAAGUUGCUAUGUAGAUUAGUGUCCCUUUAAUACUAUAGAAGGGUGGUCCAGACCUGUACUGUCCAGAGCAGAAAUAGGCUUUAAAUACAGGCUGGAAUAAGCCAUAAGGGCUGAGCAAUGGGUUUUAUGGGACAGGGAGUGGGUGGAAGAAUGAGUCCCAGCUCCCAGUCAGUUAUUAAUUUACAACCCUGGAGGUUUUGGCAAAUGCCCAUUAUAUCCAAGUUGCCAGUUUCCAAAUGCAUCAUUGACUACAUUGAAAAAUGUGAUUAGGAAUACUUUCUGUAUGCUCAAUAUUUCCAGUAAAAUGUAGAUUUGAAUUAAAAUAUAAAAGCGGAUGUAUAAGCUUUGUGCCAUUGAUUUUGUGUCUAGUAGGAAUUAAUGAUUAAUUGGUUUAUAUUUUGUAAUUUAUUUUUUCAGCCUCAUUAUUAAGACAGAAUUUCUGCCGAGGAAGUUUCGCGGAUAUAUGCUGCCUUUGUCAAUGGUAUUUUGAAAUUGUUUUCAUCGUUUUGGAGCAUUACUACAUUCAAAUACUUACUUACCAAGACUGUAUAACAUGUUUUGAACCUAUUUUUAUAUUAUGUUAAAGGAGCACACUAAGAUCAUUAACACAAAAGUGUAUUCCUGACCCUAUAGUUUUAAAACCACCAUUUUAAUGAGUAGAAGAAGAUGAGCCUUAUUUUGUUUUAUCUUAUUUUGUUUACCUACAGCUCUUUUGGUUGGCUGGGUCCUUAUUAAUCAUUGGAUUGGGAUCUGUCACCAUUCCCACUUUAGGCUGGCGCUGGCUCAUUCGAUUUGCAUCCAUUCCAGGCAUUAUACUUAUCACCGUAUUUAAAGUAAGAUAUUGGCAUCACACAUCCUCUCUAAUGGUGUCUUUCUAUUUUGUUAUAUACCUGUAUGUUAAAUUAAAAAUUACCAUUAUGAUACCUGAAAAAAUUGACAAAAAAGGGAAUGGAAUCACCCUGGAAACUACCAGAUUUAUCCUGGAUUUGUCAGCUUGUGAAAGGGAUACUAUAUGCAUAAAAACAACUUUGGUUUUUUAGCUUAAUGAAUCAGUUUUGGUGUAUAAAUCAUGCCCCUGCAUUUUCACUGCUUAAUUCUCUGCCAUUUAGAAGUUAAAUCACUACAAACAACAAAAACAUAACAAGCUGCGUCUAAUGAUAUACAAGAAAUAAAUGUGCUUGGAAAAUUAUGAAAAGGUCCAAGAAACACAGUCCAAAAGUUCCACUUAUCACCAGAUAUUUUUUAUUGAGCUGGGAGAUAUUUACUGUGACAGAUCCCUCUGUCUUUGAACUAUAGUGCUUUCCCGGUGGAUUCGUGUAAUUGCCUGUCCAUACUUCCCCGUUCGUUUGUUUGAUAAUCUACCGAACAAACUGCCGAACGGCCGGCCACCCAGAAGAGGAGUGUGCUGCUGGUUAACCUAUUGGCCCCAAUUCGAACGUUGUGGUUAACCGCAGACACCUCCUAAUUGAAUCAGUAUGCUGGGUGGUUGUCGUUCGUAUGCUGACCACGAGGCAGCGGCCAUCUUAGAUGCACUAAUACACAGCAGUGUUCAUCAACAAAGUUAUGGAACUCAAAACGGACACUUUUUCUCCCGAACCCCGCUGAAAACCGCCGACCUCCAUUCUUUGUCAUCCGGCAUACGAACACCGGUCUGUUCGAGACUUUUUAUUUCACAAAUGGACUUAACCCAGAUAGCCAUCCCAUGGAGCCCUUCGUAUACCAAAAGAACAGUAUGAAAGACUUUGGCUCCAUGGCGAUUGAACUAUGUGUAUUGGAUCUGAGCGCCGUUCGGUAAUAAUGUGCGCUCAGAUCUAGGCUAUCUGGGGAUAGGUUAUAUGUGUGGAAUGCAAUCAGUAGUUUUGAAGUUAGGGAAUUUUAUGUAUUUGUACUUUAUUAUUUAAAAUGGCGUUUUGCCUCUAUCCAUGGAGAUAAUUGGAUUUCUUCCUAAUUAUCUCCAGGAUAGAGAGGAGGGGUUGCUUGUACAAAGGGGAGGGUUUAUGUCUGAGCCAUUGUGAUUGGCUAAUGUAUCAUACUUGUCCCAGUCUUCCAUCUGGUCCCCUAGGAGAGUGUCCACCAGGUGGGAGACCUGCAUAAAUACCGGGCAGGUAGCCCUCAUUAAAGCAGAUUCCUGUUUUACCCUCAAGACAGAGCUUGGUCUCGUGUUUGGGGGGAUUGCUACUUUGGAGUAUUCUUUCGCCUGUUCAAGGAGAGGAGGAGUUCAUAUGAUUCUCUGUUCGGGAGUCUGGAGCAUUCCCUUAUAUUCCGUUCGGGAGUUUGGCGGUCUACAGCAACGGUGCCUGUGUCUCAAAGGGGGAAGAUCUACUAAACGGCGGUUUCAAUCAUUUAUGCUGGGAGUGUCUUAACAUUUACAUAGGUACAUAUAAGAAAAUAGAAAGGAGAACCAAUAGUGUAGAGGAGCAUACAUAUCCAUAGGUGGGAAUCAUACCACUGCAUGCACUUUAUAAUGGAGCUGGUUCUAAAGCUCCUUCACAUGUGAGUGGGCGUUAAUACACUUCUCUGUUGUGUGUCCUUCUCGUUUCAAGAAAUACUACACUAUUGGUCCUCCUUUCUAAUUUCUUAUAUGUACCUACAGUAUAUAUUCGAGUAUAAGUCUAGUUUUUCAGCACAUUUUUUGUGCUUAAAAACCCCCACUCGACUUAUACUCGAGUCACUGUCUGUAUUAUGGCAACUUAGAGAGCCGCGGCUGUCAGAGCCAUGGCAACGAUCCGCGCGGCAACCAGACCGCGAGACUUACAGUGGAGCUGACCGGAAGGGAGGAGAAGGGAGCUGACGGGAGCUGCAGGAAAGGUAAGUAAAUGCUUCCUGCCGGCCCCCCCACUUCACAGCCCAUGCCACUGGACCAGUGUGCAUUAUAUACACACUCUGCAUUAUAUACACAGAGUGUGUGUAUAUAAUGCAGAGUGUGUGUUUGUAUGUGUGUGUGUAUAUAAUGCAAAGUGUGUGUUUGUAUGAGUGUGUGCGUAUAUAAUGCAGAGUGUGUGUUUGUAUGAGUGUGUUCGUAUAUAAUGCAGAGUGUGUGUUUGUAUGAGUGUGUUUAUAUAUAAUGCAGAGUGUGUGUUUGUAUGAGUGUGUGUGUGUAUAUAAUGCAGAGUGUGUGUUUGUAUGAGUGUGUGCGUAUAUAAUGCAGAGUGUGUGUUUGUAUGAGUGUGUGCGCAUAUAAUGCAGAGUGUGUGUUUGUAUGAGUGUGUAUAUAUAAUGCAGUGUGUGUUUGUAUGAGUGUGUGUGUGCGUAUAUAAUGCAGAGUGUGUGUUUGUAUGAGUGUGUGUAUAUAUAAUGCAGAGUGUGUGUUUGUAUGAGUGUGUGUGUAUAUAAUUAUAAAAAUCACAGAAUUUCAUAGCCCCAAGUUUUACCCUCGACUUAUCCACGAGGCAUUGCAUAUUUCACAAUUGUUGGUCACAAAGAUGCACUCGACUUAUACAUGAAAUCGACUUAUACACGAGUAUAUACGGUAUGUAAAUGUUAAGACACUCCCGGCAUAAAUGAUUGAAAGUCCUCUGAAAAAGCCUUUUCCAAAUAACCAAUCAGAGGCCAGAGUAGCAGAAGUAUAGAAUCAUGUCUUUAUUGCAAUAGAGAAAGAAGCAGUCCAAACUGAUUCUUAGAGGUAGAGAACUUGGCAUUUUUCAUAUAUACACAUAAGAUAUCAGUUACAAACAAAGGAAUGUUUAAUUACUGUGACAAAAGCUCCUUCCCACAAAAGUUUGCAACCGACUAUGUGUCUAGGUCGGAGACCCCGUUCGGGAGUUAACCUUCCCAGCCGCCAUUAGCAGCUUUCCCUCGGUGCCCCUGGUUCAGUACUUUCCCUUCAUUCGAAUGGAAUCGAACACUUGCUCCCUGGUGGCUGUUCGCAUGAACCAAACCCAGGAAUGGUCCUCAGCGGUCAGGGCAGCCAUCAGGCAAAGCACAAGGUCUGGGCCGCCCCUCACCCCCCAAGCCCCGCCACGAGUCCGGCCACAGGACUCCUACCUAGUCUGCUGACAAUGAUGCAGGACUGAAUGUGGUGUGUAUAGUGGAAGUGAAUUAGAAUGUGUGUAAUGGAUGUAGUGUUUGUGUGUAUUAGAUACUGUUUGUGCAGUGAAUGCAGAGUGUGUGUUUGUGUAGCAGAUGCAGUGUGCAUAGUGAACGCAGAGUGUGUUUGAGUAGUGGAUGUAGUGUGUGUACAGUGAUGUAGUAUGUGUUUGUGUAGUGGAUGUAGUGUUUGUGUGUACUAGAUGCAAUGUGUUUAGUGGAUGCAGUGUCUGUAGGGAUGCAGUGUGUGUAUUAGACGCAGUGUGUCUGUAUAGUGAAUGCAGAGUGUUUGAAUGUGUGGUGGAUGUAGUGUGUGUACUGUGAAUGCAGGAUGUUUGUGUAGUGGAUUAUGUGUGUAUAGUUAAUGCAGAGUGUAUGUCAGUGUAGUUAAUGCAGAGUAUGUGUUAUUGUAGUGAAUGCAGAGUGUGUGUCAGUGUAGUGGAUGCAGUGUGUUAGUGUAGUGAAUGCAGUGUGUUAGUGUAGUGGAUGCAGAGUGUGUGUCAGUGUAGUGGAUGCAGUGUGCUAUUGUAGUGAAUGCAGAGUGUGUCAGUGUAGUGGAAGCAGUGUGUUAGUGUAGUGAAUGCAGAGUGUUAGUGUAGGAAAUGCAGAGUGUGUCAGUGUAGUGAAUGCAGAGUGUGCUUUAGUGUAGUGGAUGCAGAGUGUGUGUUAGUGUAGUGGAUGCAGAGUUUGUGUCAGUGUAGUGGAUGCAGUGUUUUAGUGUAGUGAAUGCAGAGUAUGUGAUAGUGUAGUGGAUGCAGAGUGUGUGUCAGUGUAGUGGAUGCAGUGUGUAUUAGUGUAGUGAAUGCAGAGUGUGUGUUAGUGUAGUGGAUGCAGUGUGUUAGUGCAGUGAAUGCAGAGUGUGUGUUAGUGUAGUGGAUGCAUUGUGUUAGUGUAGUGAAUGCAGAGUGUGUGUUAGUGUAAUGAAUGCAGAGUGUGUGCUAGUAUAAUGAAUGCAGAGUGUGUGUUAGUGUGGUGAAUGGAGAGUGUGUGUUAGUGUAACGAAUGCAGAGUGUGUGUUAGUGUAGUGAAUGCAGAGUGUGUGUUAGUGUAGUGAAUGCAGUGUAUGUUAGUGUAGUGAAUGCAGAGUGUGUGUUAGUGCAGUGAAUGCAGAGUGUGUGUUUACUAGUGUAUGCAUGUUGUGCAAAUGGAGCAUUUUCCCCUCCCCCUACAUUAAAUGUAAUAACUGUUAUUCCCCCCUCCCUGCUUCUUACCUGGGAGAGGGAAGAGCUGUAAAGUACUGCUGCAGUCUGCUGGGCCCCCCGCUGCAAAUACAUGAAGCUGGGGGGCCGCGGCUGCAUAUAUAUAUAGCAAUCAUCGCUUUAUAUAUGUGCAGAGAGGGAAUGUGGGGCCCAGGACUGCCGGGCCUGUGCCAACCGUCAUGGUUGUCACCCCCUGAUGGCGUCCCUGACAGCGGUACUUGGCUGCGACCGCUAUGGAACUAAUUUCAGCAUGAGGACUUCGUGGUUCCUGGUCACCUUAGUGGUACUUAGCCGCUAAUGCUAUGGAACUAUUUUUGGCUAGGUGAUCUUGCAGUUCCCGGACAACUUGGUCCGGGAUUUUGAACCACUUUGCGACCCGCCAUGAGAGUGCUUUUUGGAGGGAAGGGGAACAAACACUUCCAGGCAGCGCACCCCAUAUGGCGGCCGCAGGUGCUCCCGUAAGUUAACCGGCCAAAGCACCAAACGCUCUGGAACUAUUUGGGACAUAGUACCACGUGUGCAGCCGGUCAGAACUUUGUCGCGGUGGCAUUUCCCCAACACUGCAUGGAUCAGAGUGCUAUUUGGACAACGUGGGCACUCAGAUCAGGGCUGUUUGGGGAUUUAGGACAAGUGGGAUUAUUGUAUGUUUAUAUUAUGUUUUGGGGUACUUUUAUGUUUUAUGCGGCGGGAGAGAGGACACUGGCUGUAGUGCAUAGAGAGUGAGAUACUGGGGCUGGGGAAAAAUGUCAAAGCCUGCAAGGCAUUACAGGGAUACUACAGUGUUAGGAAUAAAAAGCUGUAUUCAUAAUACUAUAUCUCCCUUUGCCUCCCCCCUCUCGCCCCUUUAUUUACUCACUUGACUACAGCGUUGAUGUCCCUUGGUGCUGAGUGAGUGCUCCACCUCCUUUAACAUUAUCUGACGGGGGUGGGGGGCUAAUGUGCAUGGGUGGAAGCGUAUUAGGCUCUCCCCAUAGAAAAGCACUGAAUCAAUGCUUUACUAUGGGGGUAUAACUGAUGCUCAGGGGUGUACCUAGAGCAUCUGGCACCCGGGGCGGAUCCUGUGCUUGGCACCCCCCCCCCAAAAAAAAAAAAUCUGUAAAAAAUGUUAAAAGUUUUCUUUCUUUUUUUUUAUAUAAUUUGUAAACUUUGCAGAACCGCUGUCAGCCCCUCAUACAAAACCCUUGUCCUGCCCCCCCCUCCUACAAAACCUCUGUCCUGCCCCUUCUACAAAUCCUGUACUGCCCCGUCUACAAAACCUGCGCAACCCCCUUCCACAAAUCCCCUGCUUAUAAAGACUCCUGUCCCAAUACAAAAACCCCGCCCCCUUCUACAAAAUCCCUGCAGCCCCACACACACAUUUACAGGCAGACAGUCUAACACUCAGUUACAGGCAGACAGUCACACACAGUUACAGGCAGACAGUCACACGCACACACACAGUUACAGGCAGACAGUUACACACAGACAGUCUCACACUCACACACACACACAGACACACACUCUUACUUACAGACAGUGGGAUGGAGGAGGACUGGAUUCCCUGAAGUCCUUCUCUGAAGCCUGUGGAGAAGCAGAGAUUCCAUCUUGCUGCACCUCCUAACAGCAGUGGGUAAGGGCCAUAUUAAGCCCCGCCCCCAGUGCCAGUUUGGCUCCGCCCCAAUUUUGCUUAGCUCAGCCCUCCCUCCGUGCGGCCAGUUUAUCAGCUGUUUGCUUGUGUGAGCUGUACUGGCCGCACGGCACCCUAACUACCAUGGGGCACUGUGCGGCCACAGCUCACACAGCCCCCUCCACCCAGGGCCGGUGCAAGGAUUUUUGCGCCCUAGGCAAAAGUAAAGUUUGCCGGCCCCCCCAUGUGACAUCACAAUGCCCCACCCAUAUGAUUUGCCAUGUUAACUAACGCCAGUGCUGCAGUGCCGCCGUGUUUACAUUAAAAGGCCUGCAGGGACAGGCUAUAGACACCAGAACCACUACAUUAAGCUGAAGUGGUUCUGGGGACUAUAGUGUUUCUUUAAUGUGAGGUAAAUUAGAGCUUAGUGCCACGAAUAAUAUACUAGAUUGCCUACUUACAACCAGAUGAGGAUGAUGAUGGGCUCUAGCUGCAGUCUGGCUCCACUGGUCUGGUGUAGAACAGGCUCUCUGGAGGCAGUUUGUAACUGUGGUCACAAAAAUCAAUGUUCUGGGAGAACGGGAAGCAGCUCCAUUUUUUGGGGCACUUUACACAGCUCAAGGUCUGGGUCCGAGGGUCCACCUUCAUGUUCCACCAAUUAGUUUGUUCACAAGGGGUGGAGUGUGUAGGGGAUAUCCUGAUAUGUGUGUAAGGAAUGCAUUGUGUGAAAUUGUGUUUGUAUGUGUAAGGGCUGCAAGGUGUGUUUCUGUGUAUGUAUGGGAUGCAUUGAAUGUGUGUAAGGGGUGCAUUGAGUGUGUGUAAUGAAUGCAUUGUGUGUUUCUGUGUGUGUAAGGGAUGCAUUGUGUGUAACGGUUGCAUUGCUUGUGUAUGUGUGUCUGUGUGUGUAAUGCAUUGUGUGUUUUUCUGUGUGCAAGGGGUGCAUUGUGUGUAUGUGUGUGUGAUGAAUGUCAAUCUCUCCCCCCUCCCAAUCUUUCUUUCUCCCCCCCUCCUCCUAAUCUUUCUUUCUUUCCCCCCCUCCUCCUAAUUUCUUUCUUCCCCCUCCUCCCCCCCUCCUCCUAAUUUCUUUCUUCCCCCCACCUCCUCCUAAUUUCUUUCUCCCCCACCUCCUCCCCCCUCCUCCUAAUUUCUUUUCUCCCCCCUUCCUUCCCCCUUCCCCCACAUUUCUUUCACCCCACCUCCUCCUAAUUUCUUUCUUCCCCCACCCCCUUCUCAUCCCCUUAGUACGCCACUGCUGAUGCUGGAUGUCCUCAUGCAGACCUGUCUCCCACACUGUUACUGGUCUGGCGAUUUGCAUGCCCCUCCCUUCACUCCCUCUAAUCACAUCAUCCUUUUAUACUAUUCCUAGGGUGGGCCCUCUUUAUUACAGGCCUACUGCUUCGUCGGUUCCGGCACACCACAACUGACUUUUCAGAUAUGAUGUGUUACGUAUAUACUACUAUGUCACUCAUUACGGCAUUAUGCCCUGAACACAAAGUUAUAUCAUGAAUUGUAGUUUGUUUUCCUGUGUCACUAUCAGGGUUUUUACUACUGAGAAUUCAAAGUCAAUAUCAUAUGUUAGGCAUAGGCAAGAUAGCCAGGGAAAACUAAACAAACUAGUGAAUAACAGUAUCUCAUUCUAUGUGAGUUUGUAAUUCUAAUUUAUGAUCUAAUACCUCGUUAUUUCUGUUUAAUCACUAUAAUUUAAAGUUCUGCAUUCAUUUAAAUCAUGCUAAAGUAUUUUGUUCAUCAAACAUGACUGCCAGAACAAUCACAAUGGACUCACAGCAUAAGUGCUUACUUGCAUGUGAUUCUUCAGAUAUUCUUAUUCCUUCCAUAGUUUAUUCCAGAGUCAGCUCGAUUCAAUGUUUCAGUUGGAAAUCACCAGGCAGCCACAGAUACUUUACAAAGAAUAGCCAAAAUAAAUCGUUCAAAAAUGCCAGAAGGAAAAAUCAAUGAACCAGUAUCGGUAAGAAAUAUUCUUAUAAAUGGUAAUAUACAUAACAGCUUUUAUUGAACUCUUGAUGGAAGCUUCUAUGAUAAAUGCAACUAUCUUUAUUCGCUGUCCAAACUUGCAGUUUACUAAAGAAAACGGAGACCUUCAGCUAUGUUAGUUUGUGUGUGUUAUUCCAUACGAUUUCUGUGUCUCCAUGUGGAUGUUAAAAUGGACCAACUUUUUUCAAUGCACAAUCAUCCCAAUGCAGAAUCAUCAACAUUUAUUUUAUUUUUUUAAAGCACAGUAAUUAAAAUAUAUGGAGUGCUGUUGUAUAUUUUAUUAGUUUGUUUGAAAAAUAAUAGCCUUUUUUUAUUCCAGGAGAGUACUGGCAGCUUUUGUGAUCUCAUACACCCUAAAUAUAUUCGGACAUCUCUACAAAUAUGGGUCAUCUGGUAAUUAAAUAAGUAUACUUUCAACAAACUAAACAUCAGUUUAUCAAAAAGUCAUGUAUCUGGAGAUGCUGUUGGACUGGGGGAGAUUUACUUAAAUGUGAAAAGAAUGAAAGGUUUAUUUAUUAGAAAUUGUCAAAUGUAUGGUCAGAAUAGCCUAAAUGGAAAACAAUAUCCAAGUCAGAUAUAUUUCAAUUUUGGAAUUAAGUAGAAUUUUUUUUAACUGUUUGCGGUACAUUUGGAAAUGGCUUCACGCCAGAGUGUUUGUUAUUUUUGCCUUCUUUUGGAUCAACUACAGAUGUGUGUAUUGUUCAACUUGAUGGACUUGAACCUUUUUCAACCUAGAUUACAAUGUUACUAAUGUAGAGUCAGUAUUACGCAGAGUUAUACUACACAUACAAUAUAUGACAUUCAGUAUGAAAACAUUCCCUACUAUUAUUGAGUUAAAAUGUUUGAGUACAUCCAUUGCUAACAGAUGCAUAAAAUUCAGCAUAUAGCCAUGACAUCUUCAUUGACACAAAUUGGCACCACAAUAUAUCAGAGUCUUUUAAUGUGGUACUGUCAUAGGAUGCUACCUUUGCCACAAGUUAGUUCAAGAAAUAAGUCUGCCCCAAUCAAUUAUAAGUGCUAUUAUUAUGAAGUGGAAUCAUCUAGGAGCAUGAACAUACGCACAGCAUGGGGAUGCCAAGUGCUGGUGCAUAGCAAGGAAAAAUCACCUAUCACCUGUUGCAUCACUCACUAGAGAGUUCAAAACUGCCUCUAGAAUCUACAUUAGCAGAAGAGCUGUGCAUUGGGAGCUUUAUGAAAUGGGUUUCAUGACCAGGCAAGUAUACACAAGCAUCACAUCAAGGUGUGAAAAGCCAAGAAUUGGCUGAAAUGAUAUAGAGCCUGUACUGCUGGCUCUAUACCAUUUGGAAUAAUGAAUCAUGCUUCACUGUCUGGUCAUCUGAAUCUGAGUGUGGUGGAUGCCAGGAGAAUGCUUCCUACUGGAAUGCAUAGUGCCUCCUGUAAAUUUGGGAGGAGGAGAGAUAAUGGUUUAGGGCUGUUUUUCGGGCUUUAGGCUAGACACCUUAGUUUCAGUGAAGAGUCAUCUUUAUAUUUCAGGAUACAAAUACAUUUUAGGCAAUUAGGCACUUCUCACUUUGUUGCAAGAGAUUUGGGGGUCCUUUCCCGUUAAAAACAGAAAGCUGAAUUGCUUGAUCUUCUCCAUACAGAAGAAGAAAGAUGCCCCAAUCCAAAGAUCAGGAUAAAUUACCUUUAUUCCAAUGAAGAGGACAUACACUAGGAUAUACAGGAGGGAGCAAAGGAACCACCUUACCUGUUCCAGCUUGACAGUUCCCCUGUGCAUAGAGCAAGGUCCUUGAAGAUAUGGUUUGACAAGUUUGAUUGGGAGGAACUCAAGUGACCUGCACAGUGACCUGACUUCAACUCUAUUGAGCACCGUUAUUAUAAAUUUGAAAUCUAGCUGUGUACCUCACCUCACAUAUGCUCUUGACUGAAUGUCCCACAUCCCAAAAUCUUGUGGCAGCUAGUAUAGCCGCAAAAGGGAAGCCAACUCCUUAUUAACCCCCAUGAUUUUGGAAUGUGAUGCCCAACAUACUUUUGGAUAUAUAUAUAGACCUAGUAAUAUAUAUAUAGACGUAGUAAAUAUAUUUAGAGACCUAGUAAGGACCUAAGCUAUAACACAGAUAUAUAGUUUUGGUAAAAAGUUGAACGGUGUCACAUAUAUAAAAAGCUAGUUAAUAAUCAGAAUGUUAAGCAUUCGACUUGUGCACAUUCAGUUAUUAUUAUUAGUAGUAGUAGUAUGUAUUAAGCGCCAACAAAUUCCGUAGCGCUGUAUAAUGGGUGGACUAACACAGCCGUAUUUGUAACCAGACACGUUUGACGCACAGGAGGAACCAAGGGACUGAGGGCCCUGCUCAUUGAGCUUACAUGCUAGAGGGAGUGGGGUACAGUGACACAAAAGGUAAGGGUAGAAAAGUAGAUUGCAAGGAUAGUAUUCACUGAGGGCUUAGUGUUUUGUUUUGAUGACAGUUUCAGGAGAGGAAUCAGUUAUGAUGAACUAAUCAAAUUAAUUUGGUAAACCACAAACUAAUUGAUUUGUUCAUCCAACUAUUAACACGCUUUUGAUUCUGAAAAACAUUUCUGCACAAGUUUAUUGAGCAUUAUUAACAACAUAAUUUUUUUUUUUUAAUUUGUAUUUUAUUGAAUUUCGUGCUAAAGAGCAGACAUUCACAUCAGUGUAUGAUAAUUGAAAAUAAUACAUAACACAUAUAACAACACUGGACACAUACUCUGUUUGUGUUACAACCUCUUUUGCAUUUUCUUAAUUAAUUGUAUUUGCUUAAUUAAUGUGUGUCAUGUUUCCCUUGUCACCUCAAGCUUGGGGAUGCUGGCCUCGCCGUGUGGCAGUGUUGUUGCCUGGUGGUCAGGUGUAUGGGUUUUUGGUUGAAGUAACCCUUUAACCAACUUGUUUACCGUGUUACUCCCGCCAUCACACUAGAAUGAUACUUUUUUUUUUUUCCCAGAGCCAUCUUGCUUUUUCACUUGCUUGUGAACUCUCAAUGGAAGGGAAAAGUUAGAGAAAUUUGUAUAACAACCACACACUUCACUUUACAUCAGGCACCUUUUAUUUGUAAACAAAAUGCAUGAUGUGUUAGUAAAAUGUAAAGAUCCCAUCUUUAGUAUAUUCACUGAUGUAACGUUCAACUCCUUUUUAAAGAUUUUUCAUAGACGAAUGCAAGAUCUUGAAAGUCUCGUUAGAGUUGAUUGACACAAAUUCUACAGCAAAAGUUAAAUAUAGUUUUGCAUCAUGUACCAAGAAAAAUGUAUGUCUUUUUUCAGGCUUGGAAUAUCUUUUGCCUAUUACGGGGUCAUCCUAGCAAGCUCAGAGCUUUUGGCGCGCAAUCUACUAUGUGGCACAGGGAAUAAAGCAGAGGAGGAAGUAUUACAGGAAGCCAAAACCCCCUGUUACUGUCAUAUGCUUAGUCCUUCUGACUAUCAAACCAUGAUUAUCAGCACUGUUGGAGAGAUUGCAUGUAAGUCAGUCUUUGGGAAAUAGUACAUCAGACAGGAGCCUUAAAUUAUUAAAACAUUAUUUAUGUACAGACAGCAAUCAGGUAGGAAAAUGCAUUAUCGUUUAUUGUUAUCAAUAAUAAUUCUAACAGCAUAAGAAAAAGAAGACAUUUCAGAGAUGUUUUUAAACUACCCAAUCUCAGAAAGAAGUUGGUGCAAUAACUAUAAUAUUUCAGUAUUGCCCACUGAAUUUCCUGGGUUAGUCACUAAAGUGAGAAUUGCUGAGAAUUGAAACUGAAUUUCCAAUUAAAAGCCAAAGUAGCAGAAUUGGUAGCGUAGCUGACUUAGUUAUUUUCAAGUUAAAUUCCACUAUUUUGGCCUUAAUGUUAAAUUCCAGAUAAAUAUCACAUUAGUGAAUAACCCUCUUGUAAAGGUUAUAGACACAUACCUCCCAACAUUCAGGAUAGGGGGCAUUCCAGAGACACCACCUUCAUCACUGGCAAAGCCCAAAAUUGGCAGAUUUUCCCACAUUUACAUCUCCAAUGAUACUGUGGCUAUAAUUGUAGUUCACUUAAAACGUAUUAUGUCAAUUGGUCUUCAGCAACUGUUAUUUAAGAGCAUACUUCCCUACCAAUAUCUAAACUUUUUUUAAAAAUCAGUUAUUUGUUAUCGUUAAUUUAUGUAAGGCUGUUAUCUCACUAAUUCCAGAAAAUGUUUAACCCUCUCAUUUUUGCCCCUGACGACGGCGUGAGAGCACACUGAAACACGUGUCGGACAUAUGUCACACACUUUUUAUUUGACACUACAUGGGUAGUACAAUGGGCACCUUGUUUUAGGUCUAUUCUGCUUAUAAAUGCAAACAAAUGGUGAGCCGCGCUUAGCAAUUAAAAAGGAUUAUACAUACAAUCAACGGAGGAGGACAAUUGUGAGACGUAUCUUUAACAAAGAAAUGUACAAUAGUAUAAUACUGUAAGAAAUGCAGUAGUUAUAAAGACAGUGCCAAUAGACUUUCCAGAGCUUCAAUUAAUUCUAAUAUUGCACGCCAGGACGGAACAAUCCCCGUCCAAGGAUAUGAUGUCACUACUCUCCUCUUUAGGGAGGAAUAUUGGGAUUCUUUUUCUAUUGAACUAAUUUAGGGUUAUCCCCUGCUAGGGAGCAUAGUAUAUGUGAUUUUCAUGAGGCGGGACCUAGUGUAACAGGUAGGCACUGAGUCUCCUCUCUACUAUAUCCAUUAUUAUUUAAAAUUUAAAUGUGUUUUUACACUGCUAUUUUUACCUAAAUUGUUCAAGUAGUGGUCAAGUUCACCACAAACCACUGUUUAGUAAAAGUCCCUUUAAGCAACAGCAGCUCAUAUUCACUUCACAAAUGUAUACCAUAAAAGUUUCAAGUAGUUUGACAUAGCAAAUAAUAUUUUUUCUAUUCAUACAGUAAAUCCUUUUAACAUACUGUGCAUUAACCUUCUUGGACGACGUUGGACACUUGGCAUCACCAUGACCACAACAGGAAUCUUCUUUCUGCUCCUUAACAUCUGCAUGUCACGGUGAGUGUAUUCUGCAAAGAUUGGAGAAUGAAAGAAAUGAAAGUAAUGAUAUCUACUAACAAUGGUCAAAAUUCAGAACAUUAGUUUUGUGCAUGUGGCAUUUAAGUUUAGACAAAUUUCAUCUAAGCGAUUGAUUCAGGAGAAACAAGAAACGGUUGUCAACCGAGCAGGCAGAAUAGUCACACAGGACAAGCAAAAUACACAGAUAGAUAGUACUGGACAAUGUACAGAGAAUGAGCAAUGUCAAGAUACAAGUCAAAUAUCAGGGAAUGUAGAGGUACACAGAAUCAAAAAAACAAGCCAGUGGUCAGGAAUACGGAAAUCAGAUUGGUUGAGACAAGCAGGGAUAAAUAAAACUUGCAUCAAGCAAUUAAGGAAUGUAAUCAUAUGUCUGGGGUGUCAUGAAGUGGACAUGGCUUUGUGAUACCAUAAAAUGGGGGCUAAAGCAUCUUGCAUCAGAAAAGCGUUUGAGAGAAACUGAUUUGGUGCCUACUCUGGGAGAUAAGGGCACCAGGUGAGUGGAGUAGCGCAAGGGUUUCCAUCCUUGCAUGGGGCCAUGCCAAUUAACGGUUCUGGGGCCCUAGGCUAUGUCCAGUUGGUAAGAAAGACCCCCUUUUACAGGUAUUAUAUGUACUUGGUCCCCUCUUACUAAUGUUAGGGUGAGGAGGUAUGUUGGAUUUUUUGGUAAUGUUGGAUGGGGGCUUGGGUUCACCCAGCCACUUGGGAGCAGACACAGUUGGCCCUGACUUUGGGGGAUGGACAUGCUACUGGCCAUGCACUCUAUGUUCUAAUAAUCUCUGCCACUCAUGUGGGACAGUGGCAUAUCCCCCCUACUCUUUGGUUAUUAUAGUAUUAGAUCCCAUUCUUGGGCAUAAUUCAGACGAAUCAUGAUUGCCAAAAAUGUGGAUGAAUCUCAAUUUGUCCAAUACCAAAUGAACAAAUCCGUUCUGGCUUGAUAAAGGCCUUGAGGUGGGGUCGAAACGUUCCACACAGGUGGAAUAAAUCUUUAUUUAUUUUGGUGUUGUGGCUCCUUAUUGUUUUUUUAUGCGGUUCUGGAUUUGAGCUGCUAGUUGUGGUUCUCAACUUCUGCAACCUGGGGUCAAUGGGUUGCAUCAACUGAAAACAUGCUGUUCACUGCUGAAUCUCUGUCCAGAGCAACAGGUGAGAUGUGAAUGCACAUUAUAUUUUGACAUCCCCAUCUCCCCCCACACAAACUACAGCCACAAUUCCAACUAAACACACACUGCAUCUCCUUUCUUACCAAACACAAACUACAACCCCUAGCCCCAACACACAUUAUAGCCCCUAUGCAAACCAAACACAAACUACAGCCCCUAACCCCCAACACACAUUAUAGCCCCUAUACCACCCAAAUACACACUAAAACCCCUAUCUACCUUAUUCAAAUGUACAUACACAUACUACACAAUAAACAGCUCCAUCCAUACACACACAACCCUUCUAAAACCUCCCUUCCACACACACACACACAACCCCACAAGCAGCCUCACCUAACAUUCACAACCUCACAAACAGCCUGGCCAGAAAAAAGAAAUACACCAAACACGUCCUAUUUACCCAUCCAAUAGCAUACACCAAACUUUUUUGCAUAUGUGUAUAUAUGAAGCUACUGGAGAGAAAGGGUUCAUUGAGAAAACUAGACAGCAAGAAAGGUAAAUCCGGCUAGCGUGAGGAAACUAAAUGCACGGCUCUCUCCAAUUAGAGAUUUAACCCCUUUUGGUAUUUAAAGGAUAGUUAAUACAAAAAUGUGAAUCCUUUGCGGUAGUAACAUCACUGCAAAUUUGUGAUUUCUGUUGGAAAAUCAAGUCUUAUGGCUUCACUGGUGUGUAGAUUUUUUAUUAACAUUGUAUUAACUAUCAACAGACUUCAGAUGGAAGGGGUUUUUAAUCACAAUUUUUUUCCCACCAUAACUUUUUUGGUUUUUGCUUCGCAAACGUUGGUGGCUGUGUGAUUUAAGAUUUACAGUAUAACUGAUUGUGUAAUACUAUUUACUUCAUUUUAAUUUAUUAAUUUUUGGGGACUGUUAGUGUUAUGGUUUAGGCUCUCUGCCUUCCUUCUCCCUCUGGGAUUGUAGGGAGUUAAUUUUCUCUCUCCUACUUUUUCCCUCUGGGGUUCAGUCCUCUCUGCUUUUCACCCAUUUUCUGACCGCACGGGUAUUGUACUGCUCGGGGGUUUCUGGAGCCUGAGCCCCGGGACCGCGGAGUAUGUCUCCAGCGGUCCAGUGUGUGCUUCCUCCUCCGGUUGCGAGGUGCUCGCGAUCGAGCGCACUACCUGCCGACCGGAACUCCCUCACGUGGCCGCCGGUCAUGGCCAGCUCGAUCCGCGGACCGCGUGUGUCCGUCGGGUGGAGGAUGGAGGGCUGAACACUUGCCCCCUCUCCCGCCCGUUAGUUAAAUCCGUUCCCAUUCGCACGUGUGUGCUGUCCUGCAGUGGGGUUCCCAUACUGAUAAAGACCGUGGCCUGAGUCCUAUCUAUAUACUGGUGGUUUGGGGGUGGUAACACCCCUUACUUCCCUACAUUUAACCCUAGCACUACUGUGAGGCUGCUGGUGUUGGACAUGUAUCAGUAAUAACAGUGGCUGUGUGGAUUAUGUCUGCAUGGUUGUAUAUGUCACAGGGGUUAUUUGUGCUGAGGGUUAUUCACUGCUGAGUUUCUACACCAGCAUUUAUGUGCCCUAGGGGAGUUUUCACUGUGUCCCCACUGUACUAUAUCUGUGACCUACAUUGGACUUUAGCAUGGGUCUGUCAGGAUCCUUAUUUUAUUAAAUAGGAGCGCUCCAGUAUCAGUGACCCCUAUACUGUCUUACACCACUCAUAUGUGACCUGGCCUGCUCUAUCUGUGUCACAUGUCCUGGCCUGCUAUGUCUGUGCCCCUAUGACUGGCCUGCUGUGUCUGUGCCCCUAUGACUGGCCUGCUUUGUCUGUGCCCUAUGACUGGCCUGCUUUGUCUGUGCCUAUAAAAUUGGCCUGCUCUGUCUGUGCCAUUUUGACCGGCCUGCUCUGUCUGUGCCCACUGACUGGCCUGCUCUGACAGUGCCCUAUUGCUGAGCCGGUGCUUGUCCGUGCCUAAAUCCUUAUGGCCGCUGGCCUAGGAUAUUAUCUGGGGAGAAUUUUAUACUGGGGUCCGCUGUGACCAUGCUGUAGACACUGGGAAUUGUAUCCACAUACAUUGCUACCAUAAUAACUUGGUGACACCUGUCAUUUCUACCCCCAGGGUCACGCUACGGUCAGGAUAUGGACGCUCCGACCCAAGAGAGCAUGCAGGUGAUGAUCAACGCUGCCGUUGCCACUUCUGUGGAGAAAGCGCUCUCACACGCUCUACCCCAGUCAUCCCAAGAUAGGGAUAUUUCGGAGACUCAGCGCAUGCUGAUAGAUUGCGGCCCUGACUCACUGGACAGAGACCAGUCACGCGCAUCUAAGCGCUACUGGAAGGGUGAAUGCCCUGAGCCAGCUACCUGGAAGGGUAAGGCUCCUGCAAAAUGACCCAGGUGGGCGACCGCUUCAUCUCCGACACGCCCAAGAUUCUUCCCCGAAGAGGAGGAAGAAUUCACUCUCCCCGCACCCCUGUCCAUCCUGGAUGAAUGGCGGGCGGAUCAGUCCCCCUCGGAGGACGAAGGCGAGUGGGGUGGGGAAGAACCGGAGGAGUUGGUGUACCAACAGGACGCCGGUGAAACUGCUUCACAACACCUACACUCCUUUGGGGAGGACGUGUUCUUGGAUGCAACGGGCGAACCCUUAUUCGACCCGCGCACCAUCCGGCACCCCCGGUUUUCUGAGUGGUCCCUACCCGAACAUCUGGCCCAGUUCGUCCAUUAUUGGGUUCACAGACCCCUCGAUUGGGCAGUUUGGAAGAGGUUGAGGGCGGAGUGCCCCAGAUCCACCUUACCAGACAAGGUCGCUAUGACGCCCGAAUUCGACCCAAUGGUCUCCACCUAUUUGGCCCGGACCGGUCGCGAUCCUAAGAAAGGGGUCAAACGCAGCCUCCGCCUUGCACAAGAUAAGGUGCUUGACAUGUUGGGGCCGUUGGCCCGGAUCCUUACCAUGUCGGAUGAGACUAUCUCACAAGGCCAUCAGAGAUUGGACAUUAAGCUCCAUUUGCCUGCUGGGCAACUACAACGUGGCAUUAUGCACGGAGCAGAGGAAGGUGGUCCUCAUGCGCAUGUACGCUAAAUUGUUGGAGUUGGGGUCCAAGGAGCUGGGACCGUUGACCAAAGGACUACUAUAUGGGGAGCCCUUCAUCAAGGAGCUCCAGAGGCAUGUUAACCUCUAUUCUACUCUAAAUAAGGUGCAAUAAUCAAUGAGGAGAGUGUUCCGCUCUCAGACCUCUCGUGUUUUUGGCAGGGCUGGAAGGCAGCGGGGUCGUGCCUCCAGUCGCUUCUGGCCUUCCAGCCACCGAGGAUCCCGGACACCAUCCUUUUUUCCCCAGCUACCGCUCUGGGUCCUUCACCUCCUGGAGGUUGGACCGUGGCAGAGGAAACCGGGCGCAUGGACGAGGCAGAAUGCCCACAGGUGAGACAUAUUACACCGCAUGUUUUUCCCAGGCCUUUGCAUGCCAGCAGGUUAAGUUUUUGUCUCUACAGGUGGCGGGACAUUUCUUCGGACGCAUGGAUACUCCAAACGGUCCGAGGUUACGUUAUAGAUUUCCAUUCACCGCCAGUCCAGGAGAUAUCCCCCCAGACUCCGGUAUCGUCGAGAGAACUACAGGUCCUGGUGGAUGCCGAAAUACAGGCCUUAUUCGACAAAGGGGCAGUUCAGUGGGCGCCAGACGAAGAAGGCUUCUUCAGCUCCAUUUUUCCAGUCAGGAAGAAGACAGGAGAUUUCCGUCAGGUUAUAAACCUGAGGAACCUGAACACCUUCAUUUCCUAUCAACACUUCAGAUGGAGGGCAUCCAUCUAUUAAGAGACUUACUGCGCCCAGGGGAUUGGUUCACUUGCCUAGACCUAAAUGACGCAUAUCUAUCCGUUCCGGUGGAAUCCAGUUGCCGGCAAUUUCUACGCUUCAUUUGGAAAGGGAGGCCAUGCCAAUUCACCUGCCUCCCCUUCGGCCGCAGCUCGGCACCAUAGUGUUUCACCAAACUGUUAAAACCGGUAACAGCAUGCCUGCGCUCCAGGGGCAUUCGAUGCCUGAUAUAUCUGGAUGAUUUACUUCUUUUCUGCGAGGACGCCUCCAGGCUGAAAUCUCAGACGUCUACAUGGUCUCCUUGUUCAAAUCCCUGGUGUUUGUGGUCAACCAAGAGAAGUCGACCCUCACGCCUAUGCAAGUAGUUCAGUUUUUGGGAUUCGAAAUAGAUGUGACUCAAUGCAUCCUACGCCUCCCUCAGACCAAAAUCACGCCCAUUCAGAGAGAUCCGACGGAUCCUGCGCCAAGAAAUGAUCCCACUCAGGGUCUUGGCAUGAGUGGCUGGCCUCUUGUCCGCAUCGAUCCAAGCCAUCUACCCGGGUUCCCUUCACUACAAGGCCCUGCAGCGCCCGAAAGCGUGCUUCCCAUGCCAGAAACCAUUGUACAGCCAACUGAUUUCCAUCACGCAGGAAGUCAAGACCGAACUUCACUGGUGGCUGUUACACAUGUCAGCCUUGAACGACAAGGCGAUUUUCGGACCGACCCCGGACUUUGUCCUAGAAUCGGAUGCAAGCCUAUGGGGCUGGGGAGCGACCUGCACAACCGCCUCCACGGGAGGUCCCUGGUCAAGCACGGAGGCAGGAUAUCACAUCAACUGCCUGGAAAUGAUUGCGGGCUCAUUUGCUAUAUGCAGCCUUGCGGUGCAGUAUAUCAACCGUCUGGGAGGGGCCCGCUCACGGACACUGACUGAAGUCACAAAGGAGAUUUACAACAUUUCCCUUCAGCGCAAUAUCUCUCUCCAGGCAGAGUAUGUUCCAGGAGUGUCGAACCUGACGGCAGACUGGUUCUGCAGACACUGGAGGGAUGCCAGCGAUUGGCAGCUACAUCCACCAGUCUUCCUCAAAGUGGCGCGACAAAGGGGCCCAUUCACAGUGGAUCUGUUCGCUUCCAGAAUGAACUUCCAGAUCCACUUCCAGAAUUAUUUCAGCUGGCUCCCGGAUCCGACGUGCGCAGCAGUGGAUGAUUUCCUUCAGGACUGGCUGUAACGGAUCGACGGGUACCCCGAGUGGGUAACUCCAUUGAAGGAUGCUUCUAGCGCUUCCUGAGGACUCCAAGCACUGCAGCAGACACCAUAACCACCGUAGACUCCUCCAGAGAGCAAGGCAGGAACAAGCUCUUACAAGAGCUUAGUAGUGAUUUAGCAAGGGAGUAUGACAAGCAUAGCAAUCCCUUGUAGCAGAUUCCCCCAAUAAGAGACAGGACUCAGAUUGAGGGUGAAGUAGAACUGACUGUACUGGCACAUACAGCCUCUUUUAUUUACAAUCCACAAACAUAGUACUGCCCACAGGGUUUUGAAAUACAACCAAUCAAUCCGUACAAUACACACAGACACUCCCACACAAAAUCCUCCCCUCUGCCUGUGAUAUGAUUACUGAACACAAUGGUUACUAUAAUUAUCACAGGCAGAGAAAUACAGUUUUUAAAAAAUAUUAAUAACUUCAAAAAUAUACAUGCCACAAACAUAAAAAUUACAUAUUAGAACUCAGCACACUUUAAUUAUAAACAUAUCCAAAAGUGAACCAAUUCUAUGCAGGGGAUAAAAGGUUAGCUGGAGGUCCCUUUUUGAUCGACCGCAAGCACAUUUUCAUGCCCAAAACAGUUCCAUAGAUUUGGGCUGUGCGGUCGGUCUAUUUCAGGCUGAAAAAACGACUAAGUCCCAUCGCCGCUCAGCGGUGUUCGCGGAACUGUGUAGCCGAUUUCAGUUCCAUGAAUUUGGCUACACACACCGCUGACCGCAUUGAAUAAAAAAAGAUGGACGCCGCCACAUGUUCGUUUGCGCGAACGGUGGCCCACCAGCAUUCGGCAAUUUACCUACAGCAGGCUCCCAGCCUGGGAGGUAAAUUGAUACCAGAAAGUUGGAGUGCGCUAGCAACUGCACUGGAGUCAGGAUAUAGUGCAGACUAUCUGUAUAUACAGGGUAUGCAAAAUUAAAAGUAUAUCUGGGGAUCAACUCACAUGGACCAGAGCCCUAUCACGCCUGGCUCUGGGUUUGAAUUGCUCCAAUGGAGAGGGAUAAACCCACAGUAUAGCAAAACAGGAUACUCUUCUGAAUCAGAUGUAAUAUCUAGGCAGUAUAAACAAAUAGAGAGGCAGGAGCCCAAAUUGAAUAGUAUCAAACACAGUAUUUAUUUAAACAAAAGGUUAAAAACUCUUACUUGAAGUAGUGGGUUUGCCAGCAAUAAACCCAAACAAGUCUGGGGACACUGGGGACACAGUUUUAAAGGGGCCUUGUCCCAAAUAGGUCUGGGGACACAGAUUUAAAGGGGGCAUUGUCCCACAUUUUCGCCGUGCCCCAAAAUGGUUCUUAAAGGGCUAGCAGCACCAUACAAAUCCAAUAUACCCAAAUAUUGUACUUAAAGGGCCACAUCUUCCCGGGACCAUAAUCACUGGGUAUGAGGCGGGCCAGCAGCCCCCUCCAAGAAUACAUGGCAAACUCCGUUAAAGGGGCGAGUUUGCUACAUUUCUCCCCUUUCCCAUUGAGACUAUCCAGACUCUGGACCAGCUGUCCAGCAUCGCUGUGGGCCAGGUACAGAGACCUGGGUCCCAUCUGUACUGUCCGGGGGUUCCGUAUCUCCCAUUGGUGGGAUACGCUGUCGCUGGGGAGAAGGGGUAACAGGCUCCUCUCCCUGCAACACUCCCUCUCGCUGGAGGGGGGACCGAUUGUCUCCCUUUUCGAUAAAUUGUCCUCCUGUUGGGAAGUGAGAUCAGCCGUCUCCCCUUCCAAUAACAUGCUCAGCCGCUGGGGAGUGAGACCAGCUGUCUCCCCUCCCUGUAAGUGUCACAUCAUGCCUUGUUCUGCGGAUCAGUCUGGUGAUGGCUUCUGGUAUCCAGUACUCUUUUUACAAUUCUUGUGUAGUUUUUCUUGGUUUUUUGGUUUUCUAUUCCAUGUCUGGUUUUCCUUAUGCUGGGUUUUCUGGGUUCAUUCCAUUAUUACGUCCCUGGAAUUCCCAGUUUCCUGGAUUCAUUUAUAUGUUUGUUUUAUGUUGCCACACCCGUUUGUUUUCUAUUUUACUUUUGUUUCAGUCUGGACCUGCAGCAGUGGUUCAAGUCUCUGCCCUUUCUUGCAGGUAAGUGCUAUUGUGGUUUAGCGAACAUUAGGCAGUGUAGGACCUGCCGAAUAUGAGGUACAUUGGCGUUGUGGCAGGCUUAUGCAAAGUAUGAUUAUAUAAUGUAACUAAAUCCCCAUACUUUUCAUAUAUAGUGCUUAGUUAUGUCUCCUCUUGUUCUGCCUAUUAUAUCUUGUCUUGUUUUAGUUUGUAUUCCCAGUCCAUGUACAGUCCUGUCCUGCCCCUGUUUAGUUAAUGUUCCCUUAUGUAUUGUGUACAUGUUCUGGGUAUAGCUUCCUAUCCUUCUCUGGUUCUGGGUUCUCCUAGUUCUGUCUUGUUUUCAUGUUUGGUGACUAUCCUAGCCUUGUCUUGUUUCUGUACUGGAAACAUUCUUGCUGCAGAGCCUCCCUAUUCAGCUCCUGGGAGAUCUGCUUAUUUCCUGCUCCUAGUUCCUAGGAUCUGCAUAAGCUAAUCAGGGUUCUGGUAUGUGGCUGCACAAACACUGGUGCUCAACACCAGGGGGCGUGCGGUUACCCUGCACCAGACCCUGCUAUUCCUCCUCCACACUAUGACUCCUACACUUAUCAUCAGGCAUACUGGGUCCCGGUCCUCGCACCGCCGCCCGGACAGUGUCUGGAUCCCGGGCACCGGACCACCACCCAUGACAGUAAGACACUUUACCGCUGGGGAGAGAGACCGACUGUCUCUUCUCCCAGUAGCACCUGCUGCCGUGGGGAAGUGAGACCGAUUGUCUCUCCUUCCAAUAACAUGCUCAGCCGCUGGGGAGUGAGACCAGCUGUCUCCCCUCCCUGUAAGACACUCUGCCGCUGGGGAGAGGGACCGCCUGUCCCUUCUCCCAAUAACCCCCUUGGUUUCUGGAGAUGGAGGACAACACUCUCCUCUCCUGGUAUCACACUUGGCCGUUGGAGAGGGAGGACAGCACUCUCCUCUCCCUGGGUUGCACACUGUGGAGAGGGACUGACUGUACCUACUCUUACCAUAUCUAUCUGUGGUUGGCCAUCUGGGCCGGCUGCCCAGCAUCUUUGUAGGGCCGGUGGAGAGAUCUCUGUCUUCCCUCAACCUGUCAGCUGAGGGUCUUCCCAGGAUCAGUCGAUAAGGUCUCCCACCUCUGUGUCUGGUUGGGGGGUAGGUGGUACAGACCCCAGGUCUCCUGAUGACGGGCUUAGUUGUUGGGGAGGAGGGAUGAAACUCAACGCUCCCAACGGUGUACAGUCAAUCAGCCCCGUCAGGUUAGAAACAGGUGGUGUUACUGCAUCAAAUAAAAGGGCAUAAUCCUGUUCGAACUGCAACUGCUCUGGUGGUACCUGUAGGGUAUAGGGUGACUGACUGACUGGAGCUGAUCAGGUGCUGGUAGUCCUGCUCCAGUUCCCAUUCCUGGACAGCCAAUUCAAUCAGGUCUGGCCUUAGGUCUUCAGCCAUAGGGAGGUCCAGCAUGGCCUCUCUGUAGGCAAAUAUGUCCCAAAGUCAUGAAUCUGCCUCACUCCCAAAGUCCGGUUCUGCAAAGGCACCCCACAAUAAAGGAGGGCUAUUUGUAAUCCUUGCCCUCUGGUCUGUCGAAUUUGGCCAUUCCGGGAACACGCUGAACCGCGUACCAACGUAGCGCUUGGUAUGCAUCGUUGAUGCCCAGUUCCCUCCAUGCCAGUGAAUUAAGCUGUAUCACCAAUUCCUCCCGGGGCUGUUCUCCCAGCAUAGGCAUCCAUUCGGGCUUGUAGUCGCUGCUCCUUGCUGGGGAGACGCUCACCUCGCCAACGCUGGACACCCUCUAGGGUUUCUUCCGACAUCUCUUGUCGGGCGCCCUCUCUGCAGUCCAACCUGGUUGCCUCUACUAUUGGCUUAUCCAGUGGGGCCAAGAGGUUCUGUAACCUCUGGUUAAACUCUUCCUCCAUCUCGAGCGUUGUCCAGGGACUUGCUGGCUGUAUGCCACUCCAUAAUAAUUCUGGUGUCUCCAGGGUGCUGUUCCUCUCACACCAGGAUGCCAUCCCACCGCUGCCAUCAAUGUAACGGAUCGACGGGUACCUCCGUUGAAGGAUGCUCCUAGCGCUUCCUGAGGACUCCAAGCACUGCAGCAGACACCAUAACCACCGUAGACUCCUCCAGAGAGCAAGGCAGGAACAAGCUCUUGAAAGAGCUUAGUAGUGAUUUAGCAAGGGAGUAUGACAAGCAUAGCAAUCCCUUGUAGCAGAUUCCCCUAAUAAGAGACAGGACUCAGAUGGAGGGUGAAGUAGAACUGACUGUACUGGCACAUACAGCCUCUUUUAUUCACAAUCCACAAACAUAGUACUGCCCACAGGGUUUUGAAAUACAACCAGUCAAUCCGUACAAUACACACAGACACUCCCACACAAAAUCCUCCCCUCUGCCUGUGAUAUGAUUACUGAACACAAUGGUUACUAUAAUUAUCACAGUUAUUAUAUUAAUAACUUCAAAAAUAUACAUGCCACAAACAUAAAAAUUACAUAUUCGAACUCAGCACACUUUAAAUAUAAACCUAUUCAAAAAUCAGCCAAUUCCAUCCAGGGGUUAAAAGGUUAGCUGGAGGUCCCUUUUUGACCGACCGCAAGCACAUUUUCAUGCCCAAAACAAUUCCAUAGACUUGGGCUGUGCGGUCAAUCUAUUUCAGGCGAAUGGGACUUAGUCUCUGCAGCUGCAAAAUCAUUGUGGGAGAAGGUAAGGCUCAGCAGUGUUUGCGGAACUGUGUAGCCGAUUUCAGUUCCAUGAAUUUGGCUACACACACCGCUGACCGCAUUGAAUAAAAAAAGAUGGCCGCCGCCACGUGUUUGUUUGCGCAAACGGCGGCCCCCCCAGCGUUCGGCAAUUUACCUACAGCAGGCUCCCAGCCUGGGAGGUAAAUUGCCUGCACACUUCCAGUUCUGGGUGGUCCACCUGUGCAGUGAAUGGCUCGGUAAGCCCCAAUUACCGAACCAUAAGGGAAAAGCCAUUUAAAAGUUAUUUCCAAAGUCUGGGGAUAUUGGGGACACCAUCUUAAAGGGGCAGUGUCCCAAACAAGUCUGGGGACACAGUUUUAAAGGGGCCUUGUCACAAAUAGGUCUGGGAACACAGAUUUAAAGGGGCACUGUCCCAAAUUUUCGCCAUGCCCCAAAAUGGUUCUUAAAGGGCUAGCAGCACCAUACAAAUCCAAUAUGCCCAAAUAUUGUACUUAAAGGGCCACAUCUUCCCGGAACCAUAAUCAUUGGGUAGGAGGUGGGCCAUCAGCCCCCUCCAAGAAUACAUGGCAAACUCCGUUAAAGGGGCGAGUUUGCUACACUGGCCGUCACAGGGAGCCUAUGCAUUUGCACCGUUCACUAUGAUCUCCAGGGUCCUACUCCAGUUAUGGCGGCAACAAGUAUCGUUGGUGUUGCUGAUGUCUCUUUAGCAGGGCCAAGCCUGGUUCCCAGAAUUGCUGGAGCUGUCAUGUCGGGACCCGCUUCUUCUCCCGUCUCCACAAAUGCUCCUGUCGGAUGCAUGAGGCAACCAUCAUCCCCUCGUACUGGAAGGCCACCUCCACUUGGUGGCUUGGACUCUUUCCGGGCUACCUGGCAUGUCAAUGAGCUAUUGGGAUCAGCUAGAAACCUCCUCUGGGACUCCUGGGCCCCAGGAACGAGGAGAUGUUAUCUGUCCGCCUGGAACGUUUGGUGUCAUUGGUGCGUAGAACGGAGUAUCGAUCCCUUUACAGCACCUAUAUCCAACGUACUGAAUUUCCUUUCUCACCUCUUCGACCAAGGGAAGUCGUAUCGUUCAGUUAACGUUGCCAGGUCGGCCAUUUCAGCGGCUCAUGUCUCUCUUCAGGGGACGCCCAUUGGACAAGACCCCUUGGUUUAUAGAUUGUUGAGAGGGAUCAGACUGUCACGUCCUCCGGCUCCUAAAUAUUCAUCGCUCUGGGACGUGCACCGGGUUUUGGAUUUAAUUCAGACGUGGCCGGAGAAUCAGGACCUUUCUCUACGACAAUUGUCGGCCAAAUUUACACUUCUUUUGUGCCUGGUAUCGUUUCGUCGGGUCUCCGACGUUUGGGCUUUUGAUGUUAACGCGUUCACUUUUUCCCCAGGUGGGGUGACCUUUUCGGUGUCGAGACGUACCAAGUCCGACUCCACUGCCAUUUUCUACCCAUUUUUUCGAGAGGCUCCUAAGCUCUGUGUGGUUUCUACCCUGUCUUGCUUUGUGACAGUUACUACCCCACUUCGAAGUUCCCAAUCGGGACAACUGUUGAUAUUUUACGUACAUCCACAUAAACCGGUUUCGGAUGUUACUUUGGCUCGCUGGAUCAGGUGGCUAUUGUCGUUGGCCGGCGUGGAGUCCUCAUUUGGUGCUCAUUCGGUAAGGGGCGCAGCGGCGUCAGGAGCCCUGAUAGCGGGUGCUUCCCUGUCCGAUAUUCUACGUUCAGAAGACAGUUUUAUUUCAGACCGACGGAACAUGCAUCGUUUGCCCUACUGGCUGAGCGUUGAAACAGCAAAUAUGAAGCCUCCUGUCAUGUUAUAAAAUUGUAGAUUAUGCUAGCUUUAGUGUACCUAUAAUCUUAAUUUUAUUAAUGACAGGAGGCAAAUAUUUCCCACCCUCUUUGUUCCCGACCCUUGUUUGUAUUUUUUAUCUUGUAUGUUGAGUAUUAAUAAAGAGUUUUAUGUCUCUGGUCAGUAUUCCUUGUGAUUAUUUACCUUCUGUAUUUUUCAUUUGCCUAGGGCGGGGAUCUGUAGACUUGGUGAUUUUCUCUAUUAAUUUGCACUGGGUGGCUGCAUGUUUUUUAUACGUACAUUUCAUUGGCUAAUCGCAAUUUUCGAUUCUGUUUCUCUCGUUUCAGUGUAAAGUUCCCAGGAUGGGAUCACGUUCAGGUCUUCAAUUCGGUUGAAAAAUCCUAUGAGAGUCAUUAUUUCUGUUGGAGAUGGACUGUUCUUGUUAUGUUAUGUUUUUUCUGAUUGUGUUUAUUAUCGCAGCUUGAAAGAGGAAAUGGAAUGUUGAGAAGGGAGUUAUAUGGUCUCCUUACUGUUUUCUGAUUGGUUGUUUACUCUGUUUUUUGCUGCUGUGGAGUUCUAGUAAAGAGAGACUUAAGCAAAUAUUCACCUCCUGUCAUUAAUAAAAUUAAGAUUAUAGGUACACUAAAGCUAGCAUAAUCUACAAUUUUUCCCCACCAUAACUUUUUUGGUUGUUGCUUUGCAUUUAAAAGGAUAGACUUCAGUACAUCAUGUGUCUGACAUAUUACAUUCUUUAUACAUAAGGACUGAUAAGCAAUAUAUUGUAAGGAUUCACUGCACAACCUUUUUUUUUUUUUUUUUACCUCAGAACCAAUCUUUUGACUAUUCUUACCAAUAAAUAUAAGGAACUUUUUGAACUAUUUAUACAAUUUGGUGUAUUGCACCAAAGUUGUUUUGUAGUAUCAUUAGAGUAUAUUACCAUAUUUUAAAUUUUUGAGAGUACCAUAUCUUUAUGUAUUUCUUUUUUUGUUUUUCUAUACAUGCUUGCUGCAUGUAUUUGCUUAAAUAUCAGUUAUUGCUUUCAUGUAGAAAUUUAAAGCAACCCUAGAACAUUAUUUUCUCUCUUUCAGCACUGGUCUGAUUGCCAUUCUCUUCUGUCUUCGAGCUUUGGUAUCUGCCAACUUCAACACCAUUUAUAUUUACACAGCAGAGGUCAGUAUGUAAUAAAUAGUGAGCUGUGCCUCCAUGCCAGAAUUUUACAAUUGUCAAAUAGAAUACGUUUGGUAGCAUCUUGUGAGUACAGAAAACAGCUGCUCAAAACAACUGUGAAACCCUUUUAACACAACCGACCAAGUACAUAAACAAAAUGCCAAAAGGUGGUGCACUAAAGACACACCAAUAAUACUUAUCAAUAGCAUGUACCGCAGUUAUAAAAAUGUCAUGGAACAAUUUUGAGAGAAAAAAGAUAGAGAAAAAAAUAAAUACAAAUAAAAGAAACAUAGUAGUGCAGACCAAUACAACUCACUUAGCCAUAUAAGAAGAGGGAACUCACAUAUAGUAGAACAGAACACAUGCCUCGAGUGUCAAGUACUCUACAUGGUUGUCAUGCCCCUACUUUUAUGGUCAAAUGAUUUCACAGUGAUGUGUGCCAGUGUAAUUAAGCCCAAUUAAGCUGGCUCAACACUGUAACAGGCCCAAGUAUCAAUGUCAUACAAUAUGGAUAAUCUUCCCAGAUACACCAAAAUUCAUCCAAUUCUUUAUUGGUUCUUAUUUCACGGCACAAAAAUCCUGUCAGGAAUAUGUCUCACGUCUGCAUACUUCAAUCUACCAAUAAAAUCAUUUUGGAACGCUAAUACAUGUGGAAAGUCCCCUUAUAAUAUGUUAGCCUGGUAGACUUCCACAGCUGUGAUACAUCACGUCCUGCAUCUCCCCAUAUAAUCAACUGUUUCGAAAACUUAUCAUUGCUGGUUAACAUUAAAGGCAUUCAGUCUAAUACUAAGUGCUGUCAGAACACUCUGAUUGGCUGUCUUAGGCUAACCAAUUAGAGUGCUCUGAAUCAAGUGGCAGGGCGUGGGAAGGCUGUAUAAGCCUCCCCCUCUCUCCCCCCCCCCACUUUAGAACUCAGUCUGUGUGGAGCCCCUGGUGGGUAAAGAUGUAUUAAUUUUUAGCAUGUGGAUUUUUUUUUUUACAGUACUUUUGUUUUUUGCAAUUGGGUCUUUUUAAAAUGUUAUUAGUUUGACAGGAUUUAUGGCUUUUUAUUUGGUUUUUGGGGGGGCUGAAAAAAGGUUUUAAGAAAAAUUAAGACAUUUAAUGGUAAGCAUUAUUUUUUUUUUUUUCAUUUACAGGUUUUUACUUUAUUACCCCUCCCUAACAAUUUUUAGGGCGAAGGGGGUAAGUAGGGAUUUAUUUUACUUGUGUGGUGACUAGGGGCUUGGGGACCCAUAGUCACCUUGGGGGGGGGUAAUUUUUACAUUUAGCCCUCAACCGCCGCCAAUGAGUGGGGCGACAAUAGAUCCCCCUAAUUGUUAGGGCCCCCAUCCGCCGCUCAUGGCUGGGGACUGGGAGGAGUUAGUAUGUCCUCCUCUUUGUCACUUAUGGCCCCUACCCACCACUCAUGGGUGUGGGCAAGCGAGGUUGGAAGACAGUAGGACUUCCCCCCCACUUUGUUACUUAGGGCCCCCAUCUGUCUCUCAUGGGUGUGGGCAUUUAGUUUAAUAGCCCCCACUCGUGGGGCAUGGUCAGAGGCUCAUGGGGGACACUAUGUUCUACCUAUAGUUAUUUUAAUAGGUACCCCACCAUGGGGCACCUUCUUGGAUUAGGGAGUCGGAUGUCUUUUUUUACAGACUGCUCACUGUUUAGUAGACAUGACACUGCUCAUGGCAUAGCGAGUAGAGACAUGAGGGAAACGUCAAUCUCCUGUAUUUACUAAUACUAAGUAAUUUUUACUUAAUAUUAGUAAAGUUGGCUUAAAAAACUAUUUUGGUCUUUUGGACUUUUAGUAGAUAGUUUCGCAAUACUGCAGGAAUUUGAGAGCUAUCCUUUAAGUGGCUGUAAGAUGCAGCGGCGGCACUGACGGAUCAGAAUUUCAUUCAUUCAAAUUAAAUUUCAAACCAAACUAAAUUAACUAAUUUUGUCCUAUCACGAAUGGACAAACUGCACUCAUUCUGUUAGGAUGAAAUUCUUUGUUUUCGCCAGCAUCCUGUCUAUAUGACAGACCAUUUGAGCACGGUGGAAAGGUGAGUAUUGUGGGAAAAUUUAUUUGACCACAGGAAAUGGAGCGGACUUAGCUCCACCUUUGGUCAAAGUAGGUCAAGCAUUAGAAAAAUACAUAAGACAAAGUAGUCCUUACUAUGUCUUAUGUUUUAAAGAAAACUAGAUCAGAAAGGGAAAAAAAGAACAGAUCCUGAGAGAGGAAGAGAAGGGGAAUCAAUAGCAGAAAGGUAAGGUCAGCAUGACAGUGCCUCUCUAACAGUCCAGAACUUAUCAUAUGGGAAUUUGGUGGUUAUAUUAAUAUUCUGGCACUUGUGUGUGUGUGUGUGUGUAUGUAUAUAUGUGUGUGUGUGUGUGUGUGUGUGUGUAUGUAUAUAUGUGUGUGUGUAUAUAUAUAUGUAUAUAUAUAUAUGUAUAUAUAUAUAUAUAUAUAUAUAUAUAUAUAUAUAUAUAUAUAAUCUCUAUAUCUCACAAAAGUGAGUACACCCCUCACAUUUUUGUAAAUAUUUUAUAUCUUUUCAUGUGACAACACUGACUAAAUGACACUCUGCUACAAUGUAAAGUAGUAAGAGUACAGUCAGUAUAACAGUGUAAAUUUGCUGCCCCCCAAAAUAAUUCAACACACAGCCAUUCAUGUCUAAACUGUUGGCAACAAACGGGCUUUUAUAGUCUAAAAUUCUGAUCAGACUCAGACAACCAGUUGUUGAGGUUGAUUGGAAUUAUAUACCACAUAAGCUGUUUACCAGUUGGUUGUCUAACUAUCUCAUUACAUCAGAUGUAUAUUUUGACUCCCACUAGCCUCAGCUAAAAGCUCACUGAAUGUGAUGAGUUGGCAAGCAACUCUUUCACUCAGUUUGAAUGGACAUAAAUUUUACAAUCUGUUAUUUUUUAUAUAAUUUAGCUACACUACAAAAACAUAAUGCUACAGUUCAUGAAAAUACACACUGGUUUGUUUUAAUAUAUGAGAUUUACAAAACUUCUAAUGAGGAGUCAAAGGAGCAGUUUUCAAACCAUUUCUUAAAGACUAUUAAUUGUCCAAGUUUCACAGUUAGCCAUGUUGGAACAGAACUGGAUAAUCCUUAAAGGAGCACUAUAGGGUCAGUAACACAAACAUGUAUUCCUGACCCUAUAGUGUUAAAACCACUAUCUAGCACCCUUGGCCCCCUUUGCCUCCCUAAAGAUAGUAAAAUUGUACUUGUAUUCAAGUCUGAAGCUGCUGCCUCUGCCUGUGAACUUCAUCUGACCUCUGACAUCAUCAGAAGUGGUCGCCUGAUCCAAUCACAAUGCUUCCCCAUAGGAUUUUGGUAAUUAAUUUUUUUAUUUUAUUUUUUAAGUAUUUACAUAUUUAAUUUUUUUAUAUUAUACAUAAAUAUAUAUAACAAUUAUAUAUAUUUAAUCAGUAUCAGUCUACGUGUAAUUUGAUAUUAAUAUAUAUAUAAAAUUAUAUAUAUAAAUAGUAAAAUAGUAAAAAAAAGUUAAAAGUGUAAAAAAAAAUAUAUACUUAGAUCAUAUAUAUAUAUAUAUAUAAUACAUAUAGUUAAUACAAUGCUAAACAAAAAUCUGCACACCAGUCAAGCCAUAAGACUUGCUUUUCCCACAGAAAUCCCAAAUCAGCAGUGAUGUUACAACCGCAAAGGAUUCUGGGUGGGCAUAUGCAAAUUAGUUUAACAAAGAAUCACCUUUUUGCCUCAUUCCAUUUUAAACAUGGAUUCCUUUUAAUUUGUGUUUGCAGUAUACAACUGCUUGGAACACAAUUUAGGAUAAGAUGCAAAACCAGUGAACCACUGGUAUAUACAUACACACACGUACACUGUAUAGGUGUAUUUUACUAUUAAUAUAUAUAUUAAUAUCAAAUUACACGUAGACUGAUACUGAUUAAAUAUAUAUAUAAUUAUUGUUAUAUAUAUUUAUAUAUAAUAUAAAAAAAUUAAAUAUGUAAAUACGUUAAAAAAUAAAAUAAAAAAUAAUUAAAAAAUAUAUAGAUGUGUGUUAUUUCGUUCUGUUUUGUGAUAUUAAUAUAUAUAUAUUUAUAUCAAAAUACACGUAGAACGAAAUAAUAUAUAUAUCUAUAUGCAUAAAUAUAUACGUAUAUAUCAUUAUAUAUAUAUAUAUAUAUAUAUAUAUAUAUAUAUAUAUAUAUAUAUAUAUAUAUAUAUCUCUAUAUAUAAAUAAAAAAUAUUUAAAAAAAAUUAUAUAUAUAUAUACAUAUAUAUUCACAUACGUGUAUGUGUAUAUAUAUAAUAUGUAAUAAUUUUACAUAAUUGGGUAUCUUAAUUAAUUACAAUUAGCGGGACCUGCCUGACAACCCAUGCCGAAAGUAAAGGGAAUUUAAUUUGCUAGCACUAUAUUUAACCCUAUAACUUUCCAAGACACCAUAAAACCUGUACAUGGGGGGUACUGUUCUACUCGGGGACUUCGCUGAACACAAAUAUUAGUGUUUCAAAACAGUAAAAUGUAUUACAACGAUGAUAUCGCCAGUAAAAGUGAAGUUUUUUGCAUUUUUCACGCACAAACAGCACUUACACGGACGAUAUUAUUCCUGCGAUACUUUUUACUGUUUUGAAACACAAAUAUUUGUGUUCAGCGAAGUCUCCCGAGUACAACAGUACCCCUCAUGUACAGGUUUUAUGGUGUUUUCAAAAGUUACAGCGUCAAAUAUAAGGCUUGUAUUUAAUUUUUUUCACAUUAAAAUUCGCCAGAUUGGGUACGUUGCCUUUGAGACCCUAUGGUAGCCCAAGAAUGAAAAUUACCCCUAUGAUGGCAUACCAUUUGCAAUAGUAGACAAACCAAGGUAUUGCAAAUGGGGUAUGUCCAGUCUUUUUUAGUAGCCACUUAGUCACAAACACUGGCCAAAAUUGGCGUUUUUUGCAUUUUUCACACACAAACAAAUACUAACGCUAACUUUGGCCAGUGUUUGUGACCAAAUGGCUACUAAAAAAGACUGGACAUACCCCAUUUGCAAUACCUUGGGUUGUCUACUAUUGCAAAUGGUAUGCCAUUAUGGGUGUAAAUUUCAUUCCUGGGCUACUAUAAAGUCCCAAAGGCAACGUAACCAAUCUGGCGAAUUUCAAUUUCAAAUGUAACGUGCUAUAUUUGACCCUGUAACUUCCCAAAAUGCCAUAAAACCUGUACAUAGGGGGUACUGUUUUACACGUGAGACUUUGCUGAAUACAAAUAUGUGUAUUUUAUUGCAGUAAUAGCAAACAUUAUUAUGACAUUGACAGUUAAAAUGUCAUGUAGAACUAAAAAAAUCAAAAGAAUUCUUAGUUUAUCCCAUUUUUUUCAUAUUAAAUUAUGUUUCAUAGCUAAAUAUUUGAUAUUAAAUGAAAGCCCUGUUUCCCCUGAAUAAAAUGAUAUAUAAUAAGGGUGGGUGCAUUUAAUAUGAAAGAGGUGAAUUACGGUUGGACAGACAUGUAGCGCAAAUGCCAGGUUUUGUUUACAUUUUGUUUCGUUCACAAUGUGCACAUUUGGCUCCGUCCUUAAGGGGUUAAUGCAUUAACACAGUUUUCACACAUGUCCACCCUUUAAUACAUUCCAGGUCUACCCAACAGUGAUGCGAGCCAUAGGAAUGGGGACCAGUGGUUCUAUAUGUCGAAUAGGUGCAAUGGCUGCUCCAUUUAUAGCCCAAGUAAGAAUUAUUAUCAUUAUGUAGCUCUGAUGUGGUGCACAUUUGGUUUACAACUACAUGGUUUCUGUAUUGCUUCCAAUUAUUAGAUGUUUUGUUUGCAUCACUAUUAGUCAUGCAGAUACCUUCAUUUCUCAAAAAUGUAUUAUUCUUUUCUUGCCAACCACAUAAUUUCUAUUGUUUAUUUGCAGGUCUUACUAAGUGCUUCCAUAAUAGGUGCACUCUGCCUGUUUGCCAUUGUUUGUUUCAUCUGUGCCAUUUCUGCGUUCACCUUGCCCAUUGAAACAAAAGGAAGAGCACUUCAGGUAUGAACUGCAGAUCAUCUUUACCUACAUCCUAACAGUGGGAGUAUGCAAAGUAGGACAAGUGGGUGGGCCUGAGAAAAGGCAUCACCAGCGACGCUAGUCACUGGCGAUGCCCAUAAUGGGUGGGUCCAUCCAGAAAAAGUUACGGACCUGAAGGACUGAAGGGGCCUGUCUGGCCAGUCCCAAUCUAUUGGUCCUUGCACAGAUCGCUGAUGAAGUAUCCAAGAGCUUGUACAUAGCACGACUGAAUCUAAUGAAAUGCUUGCGCUGUGCUACCCAAGGACAGUUCCUUGAUAUCCCCAGAUGCGGGGCCCCAGGAAACUAGAUCCAAAUGGUGGCACUGGACCCUGAAAUCAGAACUAUUCUGCAAAAAUUGGGAGUGUUGGGAGGCCUUUCCUUGCUAUAUAUUGCCUUAGAUCAAGAACAGCUUUGCACUUAAGGUGAAAUUAAUAUAAAACAGGUUUAGGAGGUUUUCUAUAAGUGGAGCAAUCAGCAGGAACAUUCUCUUAAUUCCCAUGGUUAAUGUUCCACCUUUAAUACUUUACCCCAGAAUUGUAUACUCAAUUUAUGAAACUGAAAAAUAUUUUUAUAACAAUCUUUAUUAUAUAAAGUAGAUGUGUAUUCCAUCAGGCCACAGCUAUUCGUAGAGUAACCAAAAAAGCUAUUAAAGGGACAUACAUCCUUGACCAUUAUUUUUUUAAAACAGUGAGCAAAAACUUGAAACUUGUGAUAAAUGUGUGUAACACUUGGUUAGAUUCCAUUGUUGUUUACACUUCUCAGCUAAGGAAGUUUCUUCAGCUCCGGCCCCUUCCCACCCGCAGGGCUGGAGUGUGCCUUAGGUACGCCUUAGGUGCCCAGAACGCCACCUUAGGGUGCUCCACCAGGGGGCCCAAAACCUUUUUAGCGAUAAGGCAAGCUGAAGUCCUUAGGAGUCCAGAGUGUCCCUUUAAGGGCUGUUUACUUAUAGAAACCAUAGAAUGCAGGUUAUUAAUGCUGAAAUACCAUUUUGUGUUUUACAGCAAGUAAAGUAA